GAGAGAGAGAGAAAGAGGCAGGGAGGGAGCGUGUGAGUAAAAGCGGGGAGGAGCAGUGUGUCAGAGUCAGAGCUCAGAUGGAGGUUUUUCCUCCCGCUGAGGAGAAUCUGACGGCAUGACGACGACUUCCUGAGAGAGAGAGAGAGGGAGAGAAAGAGACAGGAAGACAUCCUCCCCACAGUUUCCACGGUGACGGCAUCCCUCCAUCCUCCUCCUCCAUUACCAUCUCUGUGUCCAGCUGCUGUCGGCUCGUCGCUGUUGUCAGGAUGGGAGAUAAAGGAACGAGGUAAAGAGCCUGUUUUCUGUUGGUGCUUCCUUCAUUUUAAUCUGCUGCUGAGAGGUCCUCACAGAACCUUUAAACACAUAGACAGAGUGUGUAUGCGUAAGAGUGUGUGUGAGUGAUCUGGAAGGAGAGUUGCACACUGUGUAGUUGUAACAUUACAUAACACACUCUUAGAUCCUCCAGCUCUAUGACGUCUGUGCGCAGAACAACAGGACGGUUUUUCUUGUGUACCUGUUUUUCUGCCUUUAUUUUGACAGAGCACACAGACAGGAAACUGGAAUGGUAAUGCAGUGAUCUGUUGCCAUCAUAAGAAAUUAUGACAUCAGUGAUUAACAAAUUAAAACUAUUUAACUGGUUCAGUUUCAUAGUCAGGACAUUUUCUCCCACAGGAGACUAAACUGACCAGAUUAAAGAUCCUGAUCCUGAGCCAGAUUCUGGUUUUGUGCAAUCCAUGAAACAGUCUGAAAGGCAAAAUCAGUCAAGGCCAGUGUAGUAACUUGGCUCAUCUCAGUAGAAAGUGUAGGUUACAGUUCUUCUCAGAAGACAGGAAACCAUCCUGAAAGAGAUUUCCGGCAUAAGGAAGACAAAUACAGUACAGAAUGAAGUUAAGAUGCCAUCCUGAAGGUUUCAGGGCAGUAUGAAACAGUCACAGGCGCUCAGACCUGCACUGCUGAGGUCCUCUUUCCAGUUUUUCAGUCAAUGACGCUCCUGCACAAGUCUAAGAGUCAGUCAGUGUUGUUUUUAUUAAAGUGUAUGUUAUUAAAUUUUAGUUAACGUUUGUUGUGUCUGUUCCCAGAAGUUUGUUUGGGUAUUUUCUCUUUUUUAACCCACUGUUGAGGUUUUGAGUGUUUCAGUUUUAGCUCCAUGUCGUGUGUAGGAGACCACUGACCUGUUGCUGCAGGUCUGUGUAUGCUGUGACUGAAGUAAAUCUGCAGAGUCAACUCUAGACCAUGCAUUUAAAAAUACUGCAAUGACCUCAAUAUAGGACAACUCUGGUUGUUAGAUGACUGUAAAAUCUGCAAUUGCCUGAAUGAUCUUCAGAACAUUAGAAACAUGUGAGUCAGUCCAAACGCCACCGUGAAGAUGUGCUGAAAAAGGAAAAAAAGUGCCGCAAACAUAUAAAGAACUGCAAGAGCAGAAAAAGAGCAGAAAUGAAACAAAUUCAUCAAACAUCUGCUUGCUAAAAAAAGUCUAAUUAAUUCGCUUUUCAGCUCUCAGUGAAGGACAGAAAUGAUUUGUGUGAGCCAUCAGUCAAAUACAGUCAAACUUGGAUUGGUAUCCCGGCAUCAAUAAGAAUCGGCAUCUGAUCAUUUUCUCAUGAAGUCUUGAUUAAAGUGAAAAAAUCAUCUAAAUCUUUUUAUCUCAGUGUUUUUUAAGAACCUGGCAUCUGUCUAAUUCUGGAAAACUCUGAAUCUCUAAAUCUGGCGCUCACUUGUCCUACCCUGUGGCUUGUAUUUUCUUUGGAUGCUCUUGUCACCCUGAGAUGCAGGGUUCUAUUUUCGUGUCCGCCGGUGAGGUGGCGGAGGGUGGCGGACCCCGCGCAAUGGUAUUUUCGUCUGGUGGAGCUCGGCGUACAGCCAGUUUGGUAUUUUCGUGGACUGAGGUGCACCGAGGUCCGCCAAGCUGGGCGUGGUGGCGUGGCAGAGGGUGGUGUGGAUAGAAUCAGCUGCCGCAGUGACAUUUUCGUGCUCGCUGGUGGCGUAUAAAGUGCGCUGAAAGCUCGCCGAUUCAAACCUGGUCAGCUUUCAGCGCAGGCGGAGCACAGCUGGUCUAGAGGUAUUUUGGUAGACCGGCGGCAUAUCAGCAUAUGUCACUGAUGGCUCACCGGUGGGUUUCCACAGUGUCAGGCACAUUUCAGUGCAAUCAAUAUUCAUCACCAAUAUUAAUCUGAGUCAGCACAUACAUUUAGAUCUAUAUCAAUAUAUUCUGAUCUUUAUCUGAUCUGAUGAGCGUGUUUGGCACGCGUUUGGACACACAACCUGACCGAAUCAACACAGCUGAAACUGCAUUAAAAUUAAAUUAAAUAUCUAGUAAAUAGACACACAUGAUGAAGUUAAAAAGAUAUUUAAUUUGUCUCCCUCCUUUUCUUAAAACCACUCCACGCCCUCUCUCCUCCCUCCCUACGACUUAUGCCGCUGGGAGGAGCUGAGUUAGGAAGGGGGGAUACUUACGCCGGGCUGUGCCGCUCACCAAAAUACCAAAUUGUACUUGGGAAUGCCUUGUCGGUGCGGUGGACCUGACUUACGCUGCGCCUGCGCCACGUCUCCGGUGAAGCAUGAACAUAGACCCCGCAGUGCUGAGAGCUCCAGCUCAUCGCUAGUUGAUCCAAUGCCUGGUCACCUGACUUUCUGGGGUGCCCUGACCUUUUUGUGGUCACUCUUAGAGACGCUGAAGAUCCCAGUAUAUUUUUCACCAUCUCUGAUUCAAUUUGGAUAAGCCUCAUAGUAGCUUCUCCAUGGCUCUGAUCAGCAAACAAAACAAACGAAUGUGAUUGAAGUCCAGUCUCCGUCUCACACCGGUAUCUGUUUCUUUGGUCUGCAGCAGAGAUUGAGUCAAUAUGUUCACAUUCACAGUUCAGUCCAGCUACAGUUAAAGCUUUACUGGGUGAUUUUACUGGACUGCUUUUUGUCCCAGUUUACCUGAACUGAGCAAGAGUCUGGUUAUUGGCAGAAGCGUGUCCCCCCUUCACUGCAGGUGUCAAAAUGCUUCCUUUCAGCUUGUUACUUUCAGGUCAUCACCUGGUUGACGUGUUACAUAUCUAAACAGUUGGCAAACAUGAAACACGUGGACCAUGAAAACACAGCUGCUUCGACAUCUCUGAACUGUUUGUUAGCACCCCAGGAAGGUUUCCUCUUUUUUAUGUCUUGUUUCAUCUUUUGUUUGUUUACUAUUCAACUUUUUACCGACACAACUUUGCCAUUCAACGUAUGAUUUCUGUCAGACUAAUGCAUAAACAUGAGUUUAAAAGUCCAGUUUCAGUCAGACUGAGACAAUAAAGGAUUAUUUUGACCCACAUGAAAACGUACUGGCUGGGACUCCGGAGGCAGCAUGGACCCUGGGUACUGAUGUAGUUCCUGAUCAGCUUUUUUCUGUUAAAUACCUAGUUUAGAGAUGUCUUUGGCCACAAUGGAAAGGACACUGGGGAGAGCACACACUCUGUCCAUUAUCAAAUGGCAUGAAACGAUAGCCAAUCAGGAGGCAAGCUGACCCGAAGAGGAAUAGUCAUGAUGAUGAGGGUACAAGCAGAGUUAGAUUCGUACCGUCUGAAGGAACAGAAAGACCACAUCAUCAUGUACAGGCAAAUGUAUAAAAGUGAGUUUUGAUCCUGUGAGCCUCCUCUCCCCAGGCCUGUCUUCCCAAAUUCCAGCUCAGUAACCCUUAGUUUUCAGCCUCCACUUUAAAACAACCAGGACCCUGUCACCUACGGGUAUCAGACUGUAGGCUGGGUUUAUUAGCUCAUCCUGGGUCUUCCUGAUAUGUUUCCUCCUUGAUGUGUUUCUUUCCUGACAUGUGUCCUUCCUGGUAUAUAUCCUCCUGAUGUAUUUUCUUCCUGAUGUGAUUCCUUCCUAAUGUCCUUUCCUUUGUGAUUUUUUCCUUCCUGAUAUCUUUUCUUUUUUAUUCCUGAUGUAUUUCCCUCCAAUCUCACAGCCUCAAAUCCUCAGGUGGAAACCUCUUGGCUAUUUCAAAGUGGAGGCCUCAAACUAAAGACCCAGAGUGAACCCUACAGAGUAAAUCAGAGAUGAUGGCAGAUGAGGGGAAGCAUUUUAGAUAUGCAGCUUAAAGCCUAAAGUGAUUAAAAGAGUUUUAAAAUGGAUUAUGAGACUAAGACUCAGUGUAAGAAGGCAAUGAUGGGUUCAUAUAUAUAAAUGGGUUCAUCAUUAUUUUCAUCUUUUCUCUCUGUGCUGCUUUAAAUUUUGAGCUGCAGCGAGAAACUGGAGGUCUGAACUUCAGUGUGUGUGUGUGUGUGUGUGUGUGUGUGUGUGGUGUGAUGAUGUCACAGAGUCAUGUGAGGUGAGCACAGUCAGAAGGACUGCUCAUGAGUUCUUGUGUUCAGUUUAAAAAAGGCUGACAUGUUACAACUUUGUGGAGUUAAAGCAGUGUUUAAGAAACAGCCUGUGUGUGUGUGUGUGUGUGUGUGUGUGUGUGUGUGUGUGUGUGUGUGUGUGUGUGUGUGUGUGUGUGUGUGUGUGUGUGUGUGUGCCUGCGGGCUGAAUGGUGCAAGUGGGUCUGCUCUGGAGAAUCUUAAUGGGCUCAGAAGGACUGGUCUGACAUACAGAGCAGCUCCUGCACCGUCCUAGUCCCUUUAAAGGACUUGCUCUUUCUGAGUCCAGCAUUGAUUCUUGCUGCAGAAAAACACCCUCACCCAGCAUGGUGAAGAGUGAUUGAAGAUAAUGUAAUAGUAUAAUAAUAAAGUAGUAAAGUUACCUGUUGUGGAGGAGAGUUGUUAGAAUGAGGGCUGUGGAGCAUUUUGAUGAGUACAGGUUUCACAAACAUGGAGAUACUUAAUCCUUUGGUACAUCAGCAUUACAUUGUCAUGAGUAUCAGAACUUUAAAAAGAAUAUGUGAGAAAUGCAUCUUUUACACAGAAAAAAACAGGUGGACUUUGAGGGAAAUGGCUGGAAAUGGCUUUACAGAGGCUAAAUCUGUCAAUGCAGCUGAAAAUAGCAAUAGCAUAGGGAUUUAGUUUAUCAUAUGAGCCUAUAUGCCAUGAGGUGUUAAGGCCUCUGCAGGUGUAGGUUACUGACUUACAGUAAUUAUCGGUUUUUUUGUCCUUAUGAGACCUGCUUCAUUUCAACGAGUGUCCCUCUCCUUUUGUAGCCCAACUCAUCAAAAUCUACCCGGAUACAGCAAUGCUACUUUUUAAAUGGGUGUUUGUAGAUAUACUUUAUUUGAUUGGCUUGUGUGUGGCACGCAGCUUCUGAACUCUCGAGGAAACUCACUUCAUUCCUACCUGUUUCAUUGUGUAAGAGGUGCAACUUGGUGGAAGUCACCAUGGUCAUUUAAAUGCGUGAGAAAUACAAUGUGUAGCAUGUGGAAAUGCGUCUGUCACAUGCCAAAUGCGUGAGACUUGAGAGCCCUGCUGCAGCCAAAUCUGUCCGUUAUACAUUUAAAGUCUGGUGUGUCAAAGUGAGAGUAUUUAGCAAAACUGAACUGUCCCUUGCUCACUCCUUCCAUUAAAAAUCAAUGGUGGGUGGCCUCCAAGGACAAGAAGCUCCUGUGAUGCAUGAUCCCUGAUUUGUCAAGUUUUUGCCACCAAAAGCAUCUAAAAAUAUGAAUUCUCUACAAAAACAAAACAACCGCUCAACUUCAGCUUUAUCCAAACAGACAAAAAACACAUAUGUUACUGGUUUGUCCCUUUUGAGCUACUAUAAAAACAUGGCAGUGCAAGAUGACGGCCUCCUUGUAAGGGGACCCCUUCCUAUGUAGAAGUAAAGGCAGAGUUAAAUCUACAUCUGAAGAAGACAAAGAAGAAGAAAAGGUAGAUGAUGAAGAAGAACAAAAACAAAAAGAUCAACAAUAAGAUCUUCUGAGUCUUUCUGUCCUGCAGCAAAGAGAGAGGAGCCGUCCACCACCAUUGGCCCUUUGGUUCAUUAAGGUGUUGUGAAGUGGGUGAUCCGUGUUCUUGUGAAUAGUCUCCACCUGCCUCAGUGUAGAUCUCUACACCACAUCCUCUGCUGAGUCCUUCUUGAAUCCAACCACAGAGCCAGCCUUUUGAAAAGUUGAAGAACAUGAUCCUCACAUAAACCCCAGGUUCCUCCAGAUGAGACAGGACACGGUGAAGCAUGUAGAGGACAGCAUCAUCCACUCCAAUGUGUUCUUUGUAUGCAAACUACAGGGAAUCCAGUUUGUCUCUGACCUCAGACCUCAGAAGUCAUAGAAUCAGCCGCUCCAGGGUUUUCAUGAUGUGUGAAGUGAGGGACACUGGUCUGAGUUCAGCAGGACAUUUUGUUUUUGGUACUGGCACAAAGCAGGAUGUUUUCCACAGAGUAGGUACCCGCCCCAGCUGUAGACUCAGGUUGAAGAUCCUGUGGAGAGGUUGACACAGAAUUUUUAGGUGAUUAAACACAAGCUUCAAUCGAUGAAUGCUUCAUUCUUAUCUCUCUGGGUUCAGCUCAUCUGACGGAUUUUAGAAAAUAGGACACAGGAAGUCAACGUGGAACUUUGACUCUUGGGGCUCUAUUUUCAUGUCCGCCGGUGAGGCGGCAGACCCCACGCAGUGGUAUUUUCAUCUGGCGGAGCCCGGCGUACAGCCAGUUUGGUAUUUUCGUGGACUGCGGUGCACCGAGGUGCACCGAGGUCCGCCAAGCUGGGCAUGGUGGUGUGGCAGAGGGUGGUGUGGACAGAAUCAGCUGGUGCAGUGACAUUUUCGUGCUUGCCAGUGGCGUGUAAAGUGUGCUGAAAGCUUGCCGAUUCAAACCUGGUCAGCUUUCAGCGCAGGCGGAGCGCAGCUGGUCUAGUGGUAUUUUGGUAGACCUGUGGCGUAUCUGCAUUAAUCACCAAUGCUUCACCGGCAGGUUUCCACAGUGUCAGGCACAUUUCAGUGCAAUAAAUAAUCUACAAAAACUAAUAAUCUGAGUCAGCACAUACAUUUAGAUCUAUAUCGAUAUAUUCUGAUCUAUAUCUGAUCUGAUGAGCACGUUUGGCACGCGUUUGGACACACAACCUGACUGAAUCAACACAGCUGAAACCGCAUUAAAUUAAAUUAAAUAUCUAGUAAAUAGACACACAUGAUGAAGUUAACAACAUAUAUAAAUUGUCUCCCUCCUUUUCUUUCUUCCUCUUCCUCUUAUUUCUCGCGCAGCUUGACCUGGACAUAUCUCUGUGUCUUCUCCCCGUCCUGCUGCAGCUGCGGCGGCUGAACAGAUGAUUUGUUUCAGUGAUCAGAUGAGUUAUUUACUUUAAGCCUACAUACGAAUAUUAUAAUAUUCAGUUUUGUGAGCCAAAUUUAUUCUAUAUGCCAACAUCUAUAAAAGAAAGAGCCAGGCCACAGAGCGCGAUACAUCCUUUAUGCACAGAUGGUUCCGAUUAUAAUGCCAUUAUUGGAAUUUAUGUUGUGAUCCCUGCGCACAACCCACCUUUGUCACGUGAGGUUUGAAUAUGUGCAACUUUAUGUGUGUGUCUCUAUUUGUGAAAAGGGAUGUUUGUCUUACCAGUGGGUCCAACAUUACACACACCAAAUCCAUCUGUGCUUAUAUGAGAGAGUGUGCAGGACGUCCCCUGCAGCACUUACAGUGACACUUGUUGAGCGGCUGCCUUCUGUCGCCAUCGUGUGGCAUUACUGUCUUCAGACAUCUCUUGAUCUCUUAGACGACUGCACGAAAAUUGUAAUAUGCCUCGCCAGUGGUGGAUUUAAAGGCGAGGAGAGGAGCUUAUGUUAUUUGUUGAAACAGGUCUCGGCUGUGUUAAACCCACUCCAUGCCCUCUCUCCUCCCUCGCUACGACUAAUGCCGCUGGGAGGAGCUGAGUUAGGGAGGGGGAAAUUUACACAGGGCUGUGCCGCACACCAAAAUACCAAAUUGUACUUGGGAAUGCCUUGUUGGCGUGGUGGACCUGACUUAUGUUGUGCCUGCGCCACGUCUCCGGCAAAGCACGAAAAUAGAGCCCUUGGACUCUGAUAUCAGGUGACAUUCAGGUGUCAACUUGAGUCUCUGCAGCCGUUCCAGUAUCCUGGGGGUCUUCAAGUAGAGAGCUGACACAACAAUGACACAUUGAUCUGCCAGUUAGUGUUUCCUCUCCGUGGGAGAUUCCUGAUCAAUCAGGCCAUCAAACGAUCAGAGAAGCUUUGUUUGCAGAGGGGAGACAUCAGAGAGGGUCCACAGAAAAAUAAUUUAGUAGGUUUUAAUCCCAGGGUUUUUUUUUCUCAGGCUUCUCUGGGGCAAAGAAACUCUCUAAGAUGUUGCAGGUAAAGGUGUUUUCACAGGUGAGAUGUGUUUCUUUGACCAUUAAGAAGACUCCUCUGAUUCUUGGGGUAGAAAUUUGACAAGUACAGCCACUUCAUGCUGAAUCUGUUUUUUUCUCUGCUCUUGAAAAGUUAUUUUAAAGACUUGAAUGUAACACUCAAGCAUAGACAGUGGGAAAUCGGACAUGUCUGAUGUGUUUUCAGCUUCCUGUGGUUUAUUUUUGGGUCCAUUUCGGUUUCAUUCUUGACGUUAAAUCAGGUGUUUGGAGAUGAUAUCUGAUUCUGCAGCAUGUCUUUACUCCCUCACCAUUGUGUGUGUGUGUGUGUGUGUGUGUGUGUGUGUGUGUGUGUGUGUGUGUGUGUGUGUGUGCGCGUACAACUUUUCUCUCUGGAUGAAUCUUUAAUCAUGUUUACAUGUUUUUUGCUCUCUGUGUUGUUGGUCUAUUAACUCUAAGUGCUCUCCUCAUUAGGCUUUCAGGGUCCUCACUGACAUAUUUGACAGAAAGCAAACGACACAGUAUGCAUAUUACAAAAAAAAAUCUCCCUCACCCAGUCUGGGCCUCUUGUGUCUCCUUCAAGCUUGGAUCCUCUACCACAAGGCCUGGGAGCCUGAGGGUCCUGUGAGGUUUUUAGCUGUUCCUUCUAGUGCGCACUAGAGCAUGACACGGGAGCGGAUUUUCACUCCUGUUCUAUCCCACUCCCAGAGAAAAAAUCCUGUCCCGUUCCAAUCCCGGACCAGAGUAAAAAAAUUAAUCCCAUCCUGUCCCACUACCAUCCCGCUCCCACUCAAAAUUACUCCCACUCCUGUCCCGCUCCCGUUAGAAUAAAACCAAAAAAACGUUGCAUUUUCUAUUUUAGGUAAAAUGCACUGCAUAUAAAAUGCAUUGCCUUUGCCUGCAUGCAAUGCCUGACAUUCGGUCGGUGUAAACAAAGUGCAUAUAUAUAUAUACAGUGGCGGUUCUAGACUAAAUCACUCCCCGGGAGAGACCCCCUCCAAGCACCCCCAACACACACACACACACACACACACACACACACACACACACACACACCACACACACACAAAUAUAUUCUCCACCUCCAACAUUGCAAAAGACAAUGGGGCAAUUCUGCACAAAACAGGUUAUCAGAGUUUAAAUAAUAAAUAUACACUAUAUCCACAAAAGUGGCAAAUAUUUAACAAAAUAUGUAACAAGACAGUAUGAGAAGAGAAUAAUAAUAUAGAAUAUUAAAUAAAAUAUAGACUAAUAAUCUUACAUAGCAAAUCACACAAAUUUGAAAACACUAAGAAAAUGUGAUUGCUCUAUGAACAGAAAACAAAAACUGUAACUAAAACCUGACCUUUCUGGCCUUCCUUGAUGCAAAAUCAUCAAUAAUCUCGUCAUAAGAAAUCUGCUCCCCUAUUAACCCAUUAAGACCUGAACUCUGUCUGAGCCGGGCCUCUGAAAUCCUGAGGGCCAUUUUGAGAAGGGCCCCCAGAUCCUGAGGUUUUCUUAACUGUUGAGGUUUACAAAAAAAGCUGAUAUCUCAGCCCCGGAAGCAGAUAGAAACAAAUUCAAAAAGUAUUUGAGAGGUUACAGGCUUAAAGGUGUGGCUUUUAAGAAAGCUAUCUAUUAUUUUUCUGAACCUUCAUCACAAUUUUGAAAACAAACUUAAAUGAAACGGUAUACAGCUGUCCGUAUAGUGCCAGUACAAGACCAGCAAUUAAAACUAGAAAAUUGAAUAAAUAAGUACGUGGCUGAAGUGUGUUCAUGUCUGUGCUCACCCAAAGUCAUGCAACACUCACAGAAAACGCUGAUAGUGUGAACCAAAGACCUCCAUAUGAAGAGGUUGUUCACACUGCUGGAUGUUUCUCCUCUGAAGCCACUCUCUGCCUCCAUCAUUGUUUACUUUACUCUUGAAGCACGUAGCAAGAUCCGAGCAUGAAUCUGCACGCUUUAUUCGCCUAUCAGAAGCGCACGGGUAUGGUGAUUUGAUUUGCCACGACUCCAGAAAUAAUUAAAAAACUACCGAAUGUCACAAAAUGACGUAUCCGCGCUCCUGGCUUGAAGGGUAAAAAUGUGCAGCCGGACAGGAAGUCAAACCACUGUUGUAGUUCUUUUGUGUUGCUAGCACGGUCAAGAGUGUUGACUCUCACUGAGAGAUGACUACAAAAAUGGACGCAUCUGUUCAUCUGAUUGUUUAACACGGCUGAAAAUGAUCAUCUAUUAAUAUUGUUCCUGCUCCUGCCUGCUCCCAUUGCUUUUUUUUCCCCGUCCCGUCACAAUCACGGGAUUAAUUAAAAAAUGACUCCCAUCCCAUGGGAUUCCUGCAGGAAUCACGUGACCCACGGGAAUUCCCGAAAAAUGUCAUCCUCUAGUGCGCACUUCUGGACGGAGAUCUCAGAUGUUGUUCCCGUUAUCUGGAGCCAUCCACCCCACAUAUUUUCUAGCUCUUCCUUCAGCUCUUGGUAUUUCCCCAGCUUCUUGUGCUUCUUCUUCCUGAUACUGCUAUGGCUCGGUUGCUUCAUCUAUCACAACCGCUGUCUUCUGAUGCUUAUCAACCAGCACUAUGUCAGGCCAAACAGCUAUCACCAUCUUGUCAGUCUAGAUCUGCAAGUCCCACAGGACCUUGGCUCGCUUGUUCUUCACCACUUUAAGAGGUGUCUUUCAUCUUGACCCUGGGACCUCCAGUCCGAAUGCUGACCAUAAGACGAAACAGAGAAAAACAAGAGCAAGAGCCAGAACACAGGGGAACAGAAUCACAAGGUCAUAAUACAGAGAAAAUACAAUUUAAGCAAGAAAAAAAAAAGGAUAAUAAAGCUUAUUUAUAUAGCACUUAUCAAAACCAAGUUACAAAGUGCUUUACAAAAACAUUAAAUUUCAUCAGUGAAAAACACAGUAAAAGAAAAAUAAUCAUUGAUUAAAAUAAAAGAAUACACAAAGUAGAGGCAACAAGUUUGUCAGACUAGAUUGAAGAAUAAAUAAAAUAUAUUAAAAAUCUUGACAAAUGGAAAAACAAUCAAAUAGACAAGAGAUCAUGAAUAAUACACAGCUCCUACAAAGCCUUUACAAUAAAGAUGUGUUUUUUAAAAGGGAUUUAUAGGAAAAGACACUGAUCUAGCUAGUCUGAGAUCUUGACAUUUGUAUCUUGUGUUGUUUCGGUCCAGAUUUGGCCAAAGGAUCUCAGUUUUCAUUUCAGUCUAAAUGUAGUCUUUGUUCAAUACUCUCUGAUUUUAGAGUCAGUGUAAACAAGAAUAGUUCACUGUUUCAAAAUGUGCUUGUGUAAAAAAAAAACUUGCCUUAAACUUCACCAGAUUCCCUCUUUUCUGCAUGUUUCUCCUUUCAACCGAACUCUGUUAGUUUUUGCUGAAUGACUCUGAGUCUGAAUAUAAGUGAAAUGUGAUGUACCCCUGCUCUGUCAAAGUUGAUGAUCAGUUCAGCAGCACUGUCUGCUGAGCGCCAGCUGGUGUUAUGAUCAGUUUUACUCCUGUGUCAAAGAAUGAACAGACCUGCUUCCUCAAAGACAUCCAAGUGUUCCUUUCAGAUGAUCAUCAGACCUCCUUGUAUUUUAUUCAAGCAGACACUUAAGGCUACCUUGUUUCCUAAAACCCAGGUUUUUUGUAUCCACAGCGUGCUCCAAUCUGAUGGAGACGAUACUCUCAGUCUUGUCUUUAAAAAUAUUGCCUCUGCCUGUCUCUUUUCUUAAGGCUGAGGUUGUAAUAAGACUCUAGUUUUUGAUGAUUCCAGCUGUCAGCAUCUGUUAUGUUUGGAUUAUGACAGGCUACCUGAUAGUUAGCCUCCCACGACGGACUGUAAAGAGACUUCUUACUGAUAUGCACUGGGACGAAAAUCAACCAAUGACGGUUAAAAGAUGGCUGGAGGUGGUGAGGAUUUAUUGCAGAUGUAAGUGACUGACUGAUCUGAACAAAAACUCUUUUAUGAACUCAGUCAUCCUUCAGUCGAUGUUUUUCUCUCUGAAUUGUAAUCUGAGAUUACACAGCACUCAGAUUUAAUCAGACUAAUUGCUGUAAAAUGAUGGUGAGCAGGUAAUCGCCUGCCGAGCGAGCUCCCAGGAGUCCCCGGCGGUUUCUAGUAACAAGGCGUCCUGAUGCUGCUGAUUGAUGAAGAUCCACUCAGGAGGAAGCUGAAAGCUAAUGGAGCCGCAGCAGCUAAUUUAUGACAACAUUAACACAGGGUGGAGGGGGUGGGGGUGGGGGUCAUAAUGUCAGGCAGCAUUAGACAGAGGCAGAGACAGGAAGCUGCUGAUUAUGAUGAAGAGGAUGAAGAUGAUGGAGAGCUGUUUAUGUGCACUGAGUGCUGAAAUCCAGUCUGUUGGUCCCAAAUCUACUUCACACCAAUUUUCAGCCCAUAACGAAGGGUCACAACAUCAACACAAUGUGGUUUGAUCAUUUUAAUGAUUACAUAAUUUUACUGUUGAAAAAGUGGAAAUAUUAAGGACUGUCACAUCAAAUCUCUAAAAUCAUUCUUCAGGAGGAAGGUUACAUCAGGUUCAAAGGGUCAGAGAUGCCAUGAAGAGGUCAGCUCUUGAUAUUUUCCAUAAAAGAUGGCAAAGGAGACUGAGCAGGCUCAGAAACCAUGAGAUACUCAGCACAUUCACAUCCACAGUUCAUUCCAGCUGCAGUUCAAGCUCCACUGGGUGAUUUUACUGGACUGCUGUCUUUGUCUCAGUUUACCUGAACUGAGCAAGAGUCCAGUUAUUGGCAGAAGCAUGUCCACCUCCUCACAGCAGGUGGCAAAAUGCCUCCUUUCAGCUUGUUACUAUUACUAAAACAGGUUGGCAAGAGGCUAACAUGAAACACAUGGACCAUGAAACAUUAACUUUUACAGCUCUGAACUGUUGGUAUGCCAGGAAAGUUUCCUUUUUUUUUUUACAUCCUAUCUUCAUCUGUUGAGGUUUUGUUUACUACCUUUUUACUAGCAAGCAACCAUGCUUGACAACCAUUUUUCUGUCAAAGAUGCAGCCAUGGUGAUGAGGGUACUGAAAAACUUAAACUUUGAUCAACAUCACAGUACAUUGAAUACUCCUGUUGAUUCAGGUGACGACACAACAUGAUCAGUAAUGACAGAGAGGUGUUUAGAAGAAAUCCUCAUGAUUGGCUGCAGUCGUCUGCUGAAUUAUAUCCUGUUUGACCACAAGGGACUUCACAACAUUUUCAGUUUUGACAGCGUGGACUCUGGCUGCUGGUGAAGGGUUAGUGUCCAAACCAAACACCGCACACAGUAGGGAGUAACCUGUGGAAUCAGUCAUCAGUGGUCGUCAUGGGUACACUCUCCAAUGAUCCCAGCUCAACUGUUUAAAUAAAUCUGUGACAUCCAGCAGUUUUGAGCUGGUUUCAUGCUGGAGUGAGCGACACCUGACUCAAAGCUCUUUGAACUUGUCUGUAAUCGUUCAGGCACAAGAGCCAUGACUCCUUAAACAUGAGAAAUUCACUUUUAACUGUAAAAAAAAUGUAUUUCAACCUACAUUGCGCUGAUGACACAUGCUUCUGUCUGUCCCAGGAUGAGUAAAAUAUGUGAUCACAGGGCUAACUUUGUGUAACAGGGGGUUGUACAGUUCCCCCACAGGCCCAAUCACCCCACUGACUCCUUAAGUCUGGACCAGGUUUCAGUAGGCAAUCUGCUCUGUCACAAGAUUCAAAGGGGGCUCCACCUCAAUGAUACGUCACAGUGAAUCAUAGUCACCAACCAAAGAGUUAAAGAAGGACACAAACUCACAACCUCUCAGGCAACUAUACCCCUACGCUGCCCAUCCAACUUUUCAAGUAAUAUUAUCACUUGACAGUUGUCAGUCCUGCAUGCUAACAUCCAAAAGUCAGUGUACCUUCAGACUGAGAGCUGACACCUGAAAACAAGAACUCCUGAACAUUUAAAAUUACUUUAAAACCUAAAUACCUGGAUGCCUGAACACCUGAAUACUUGAACACCUGAAAACCUAAAUGGUUAAACACCUCUACGCCUGAGUACCUGAACACCUGAACGCCUGAACAGCUGAACACCCGAAUAACAGAACUCCUGAAACACCUGAACACCUGAAUCUUUGAACUCCUAAACACCCAAACUCCUGAACUCCUGAACUCCAAAGCUCCUUGGCACCUGAAUUCCUGAAUACCUGAACAUCUUAACCCCUGAAUACCAGAACUCCUGUGCACCUGAACACCUGAAUUUCUGCACAUGUGCAUUCUUUUUUCUUUCAUUCCCACCGUCGUGGCAGUUGAAAAUUGCUCUCUCUCCAACAUCUCUGAUCUUAUUUCCAUAACUCAGCCUAUAUGGACUCGUUCCGAGCUACAUUUCAGAGCUUUUAAUACCUUAUGAACCAACUCGCAGCCUCAGAUUCUCUGGCGAAGGCCUGCCAGAGGAGAUAAGGCAUGCAGAGACAGUUGCUUCUUUUAAGUCAAAUUUAAAAACUCACUUUUACAGACUUGCUUUUAUGUGAUGCCGUCUUUUACCUUUUUUCUCCUUUUUCUUUUAUCUCUUUUACCUCUGUCUUAUUUCGAUUUGCUAUCCUUUUAGCCUUUGUUUUACUUAGAAUCUUUUCUUAUUUUACCUCUUAGGUCCUUUAUUGAUUUUAAUGGGGUUUUUUUCCCUGUUCAUUUUUAUUAUUCCAUUUUAUCAUUUAUAUUACAUUUAUUAUUAUUUCAUUAUAAUUUUAUUAUCAUUAUUAAUAUCCUCUUUUAUACUUACUAUCCUGUUUUCUGCUUUCUGCCCUCCUUUUCUAUUUCAUUCUUCUUCUUACCUAUUUUAUGUUUUUAUUUUGGUCCUCAUGGUCUCAUUUUAUGUUGUAGGGUUCUUGUAUUGCCUGGGUUUCUUAUGAAAAAUGAAACUGGCCUUCAAUUCAGAGGCCUGUUUUUAACUGAGCUUUUGUUUUUAUUUGCUUUUAUUUUCAUGUGCUGAUGUUCUGUGCUUGCAACUGUUGUCAAAGUGCUGUAUAAAUAAAGUUAUUAUUAUUUAUUGAUUUAUUGAUUUAUUGAUUUAUUGCUUUAUUUUUAUCCUGCACUGAAAAGUGUUAAUUACAUUUCUGCACAGUGUUUUUAGUGACAGCUGGAAUAUAAAUAUUGCUAAACAUUAAUCAAAGAUGUGUCCAGGUGACUGAUGCACUAAACUGCCUCUCUUUUUUGUUUUCAGAGUUUUCAAGAAAGCCAGUCCCAAUGGAAAGGUGAGUUUGAACCUGAUGCCCUUUUCCUCUAACCCUCACUCCUUUCAAACUGUGAGGACACAAACACUACAAACACCCAAGAAAUCGAGUAUCCAGGGUUCAGUGACUCAAUUUUUAAUUCAUGCAUCUGGACAGGGUGCAGUUUUCGUAGAUGUUUAUGAUCUUUUAUAAUACAGAGCAAAUAAUCACAAGACAGUCUGGCUGCAGACCCCCACUGUCAGGACCCUUUGUUGCAGACCUCCACUGUGAUGACCCACCUCAACUGAGCAGACUGAAAGUUGUUUGAAGCCUUUCAAAAUGAAAGCAAAAAAAGCGGGAGUACAGUUUUUUCCCACCAAAGUUGAUUCAAAGCCUUUCUAAAUUAAAAGCGAUUAGACCAGGAAAUAUGUAUGUUUUGUUGCUAUAUUUUAUUUCUAAUUGAUUUCCAAUUGGACGAUCACCUCAAACAAAUUGGAGUGUGUGAGUCCUCACGGUGGAGGUGAGUCUUGACUGUAGAGGUCUGCAGCCAGACCACUCUAAAUAAUAACGCUGUUAAUGUGACCCCCUCCUCUACCUGAUUGUCCAUCCAAAAGGAAAAUAUCUAACAUUCAAAUUCAGGAUGACAACAAGAAACUACAGACACAAGAAUGCAAGAGCCCUGGUGGUCUUUCAGAAAGAAAUGGAUUAAUUCCUCAGAUUUUGUUGGUUUGUUUGCUUGUUCGUGAAUUUUUUUUUAAGUUUAUAAAUAACUCGUAGGUUCAGAUUCUUGAAGUGUUGCUCUGUUUGCCUGCCUGAUCCAACAGUUGACUCUGACUGCUUUGUCCCUUCCUUAGCUCACCGUCUACCUGGGGAAAAGAGACUUUGUGGACCAUGUGGACCUGGUGGAGCCUGUUGGUGAGAUCAGUUAUAUGCUGUUGGUCACUCUUUUUAAAGUUCGGUCGGUAAUCCAAAGAAAAACUCUUUCUCUCAAACUUCUUUUCCUGCAGACGGUGUCGUCCUUAUUGACCCAGAGUACCUUAAAGAGAGGAAAGGUGAGACCCCCAGACCUCCAACAUGCUGCUCACAUUUGACUGCCAGUUCGUAACACAGUUAACCAAGUUAUACUUUCUCUACAAUAACUAAAUCUGCCAACCAAAAACUUUUUUCUCUUGAACGCUUUCAAGCUCAUCUGUCCUACAAAUAUUUCAACUCUUUUUAUGGCCUUAAAUUACCAGAUCCAAAUUUAUGAAGUCAUGAAAUACAAGAAUCGGCCAUUUCUACAUUAUUAGUUACAGAGAAUAAACUUCUCCAACACUUCUUUAAAAAAGAAAUAGGAUAAGUAUAUAAUCAAGAUUGGAUCUUGCUUGUAGCAAAGGUCCAGAUUUCUGCUCAUCCUUAACCGGAGGUGAUCCUCAAGGCUAUAGAAUGGAACUUGUUCUUUUUUACAGUGAAGCACUUUGGUUAGGUCUCAUUAUCCCAAACAGCCAGAUUUAUCAAACUUUGCCCAAAGCUGACACAGACAUUCAUCACAAAACCAAGUCUGUCCAAAGAAUAUUUUAUUAACUCAUGAUUCACUACCAAAUUCACCUGUUCAGGUUUUUCAUUCUUGAUAUGUCAGGAUGGUCCAACUGAUCUUUUUAAUGCUAGGGAGGACUAGUCAUCUUUGUAGCGCUUCUUAGAUCUUGGACUCCUGGUGUUUUCCAGUUUAAGUUGAUUGUGGAGUUCCUCAUGUGGCCCUUGGUUCAUCUUCCUGUUUUUCAUACAUCAGUUUCAAUCUGUGCCUUCAGAGCAGAUCAUGUUCAGCCCAGUUCAACACGCCAGCUUGAUAUAAAGGCAAACCUCCAGUCGGCACUAUGUAAAUAUUUCUACCUUAUUCUUUGCAUGUAGAGUUACUUUUGUGUGUUUUUUUUUCUCCUCUUCAGUGUUCAUGACUCUCACCUGUGCAUUCCGUUAUGGCCGUGAGGAUUUGGACGUCCUGGGGUUGACGUUUCGGAAAGACCUGUUUGUAGCAAACAUCCAGGCAUUUCCUCCUCUGCCUGAGGAGAAAAAGAGUCUGACUCGCCUUCAAGAGCGCCUGAUUAAAAAACUGGGAGAACACGCUCAUCCCUUUACGUUUGAGGUACUGAAUAAAUCAGUGAAUCCAUCUGUUCAAGCUUGGGUCUCAUUCAUGAAAUGUCAGUAAAUUUAUGUACAGAUCUACACAUAAAUGCCGUUACUACUAAGAUCCAUAAAUUAAGAGAGAAAACAGAAUUGAUCAAGGGCACGUUUAAACAUUCAUGAAUGGCAAUCAAUCGUAAGGUGCUCCUGCUAGCCACAAACCUCCGCCCAUGUAUAGCCAGUGAGCUCCAUAUAAGGAUGUUUGGAUGUGUGCUUCCUGUGGACCAGUGAACAUGAGGCCAAGAAAGGAAGCGAGAUAAAGAAAGAAAUUUUAGAUGCAGAUUAGAGAGUUACUUUAGUUGAAUUGUUGUUCUCUUUCAUAUGUCCCAGAUCCCUCUGAACCUGCCAUGUUCCGUCACCCUGCAGCCCGGGCCAGAGGACACCGGGAAGGUAAGACCCUCAGGUUCAACUUUCAAAGCUCACUUUUUAUUGGGCUUUAACAUUUACCAGGCUUUGAAUGUCUGGAAGGUUAAAGGAGUGUGGCGAUGCCUGCAGCAGAUUAUUUCAUCCUGCCGCACUAAAACAGGCUGUUAAAAGGCUGUAAGGGCUGAAAGCAGGACUGGACUGGGACAGUUAUCCAAGUUAGCCCCAACCAGGCCACUUUUUAGACCUUUGAAGAAUUAGUUUUUUAUCUCAGGUAAAUGUGAGUGCAUUUAAAACACAAACCAAUGAAACAAAAACAAUGUCUGUCUUCCUUUCUAUAUUAUACUUUUUGUCUUUUUUGAAUCUUCUUUUAUUUAUUGUCUUCUUCCUUUCUUUUUUCUACCUUUCUAUUUCUACCUUUGUCCCUUUUUCUGUUUCUCUCUGGUAAAACCUUUCUUCCUUAUUUAAUCUCUUAAGCACAGAUGUACAUGGGCAGUAGAAAACUCAGAUCCACAGAAAGUACCACCCUCUUUUGUUGCCUUCAGUCUUGCAGCUUUUUUGUGUUUCAUUGUUAGAUGUAAGAUUCAAGAUUUCUCACUACCUUUUUUUCUCAGUUUUUCUGAAACACCAGAUUGGAAGCAGAGUAACCCAGCCUUGCACAAUUAUUAACAUAUUGUUCUCCUCCUUUGGUUGAUCACUGUCUGUCCUGGUUUGUGAAAAUAUGUGGUUUCUGCACAUUUGGCAGCCUCUCCUGUCAGGACUUUAAGUUUGUCUCUCUUCUACUCUGCUCCACCCUCCUCCUCUUCUGAGUUCCACCACUGUCCAUUGUCCAUCCAGCACUUGAUGUAUGAACCAUUAGCAGAUUAAAUGCACUGCAAUAGCAAGUGAUGCUGUCAACAGCUUACAGGAACAUCAGUUGCAUCCUAGCUUCUUCAAAAUCACCAGCCCCCACCUGCCAGUGGAUCACCAGCCUCCUGACAAAUAGGAGGCAGCAGGUGAGGUUGGGGAACAUUACAUCCAGCACCCAGACCAUCAGCACUUGCAUCUCAGGGCCCCAUCUGUCAGACUUUUGAAGUUUGUGGAUGACACUUCACAGUCAUCAGUCUUUUGAUGAGUCUGUAUUAAGACACAAGGUGGAUUAACUGGUCCUCUGGUGCUGUCAGAACCAUCUGGAGCUGAACCCAUUCAAGACUGUGGAGAUGAAAGUGAACUCUAGGAGGAGCACUCUGCACUCCUCCUGCACUUGCCCCCCUUACAAUCUUCAACAGCACAGUGCCAACUAUGGACUCAUUCCCAUUGCUGGGAUCCACUAUCUCCAGGGACCUGAAGUGGACCAUCCACAUUGACUUCAUCUGGAAAAGGCCCAGCAGAGGUAGUACUCCCUGUGACAACUAAGGAAGUUACACUUACCUCGGGAGCUGCUGAUCCACUUAUACUUGGCCAUCAUCCAGUCUUUCCUCUGCACAUCCAUCACUGUUUAGUUUGGGUCCACCACCAAUCCAGGGUUAGGAAAUGGGCAGGUAACAUCACUGCAGACCACUUACAUACAGGACACAAACUGUUUGAAGUACUCCCCUCAGGUAGGCAUUACAGAUCACUGUAGACCAGAACCAGCUGAAACAACCCCCCCAGGCUGCUGGUCUGAUGAACUCCUAAUGUUCACAAAAAGACUACUGAGACUAUAAAUGACUUUAAAACCAUUGUACAGUUCUCCGAAUUGAUCCACCUGAGAUGGACACGUCAUUCUACACCUGAGAAACACAGGGCGUAUAACUGGACCGGCUCAUAUGUGUCAGUAAGAGCUGACCUUAUCAAGGACGAUAUUACACAUAAACAGUGUGUUGCAUCAGAUUUUUUUUUUUGGACACCUGCAUAAACUAUGGCCCCUCUCCCCUCUCCCUCCAGCUGCGAAGGUUGUGCUCACCUGGUGCAGAGAACUGUUUAGAUGGAAGGCAGGAUUUCCACCCUUCAUGAAAUCUAGAUCAUGAACAGACAAAUAGACUCUGUUGUUCUUUUUGGAUCUGCACAGCCAAAUCCUGUGUUCUCUAGGGAGAUGGACUCCACUGUCUUCUGCUCGUCUCUGAUAUGUACUGGUGUGUCUGCAGCCGCAGCCGCUGAUCCUGCUGCCUUGGCCACAAAUCCAACAGAGGACCCCACAGAGAACCAAUGGAUCCUACUUGGGGCUAAACCUAAGAUCCCUGUUAGCUCCACUCCAUCCCUGUCCUGCAUCCUGGAAGGUGGUUGGUUCUGGUUCUGCCCCCCCGCCAACAUCCCUCAUGAAAAUAGAUUUAGCAUCUUUGAUCUCAACAAGUUUCCUCCUUUGCCUGCAGAACCCAAACUUUUGUCCCCAACUGGCACUGCCACCUGUGUGAUCAUCUUCUACAUUACCGCCAGCUCUUAACUCAACCAAACCGGGAAAACUCCAAUCCACCGUGCCCAAGACACGCCAUUCCUCACCCCACUUUACUCCUGUGCCCCGUCAUAAACUUGUCCAAUCCAAGGUUUGGAAUCCUCCAUCCAUCCCAGCAUCUCAAUCUUCCACACCUCCCGCGGCCCCUUCUCCAGCAACUUUAGUUGUUGGUAACUCAACUCAUGUGGACAAGAUGUGGAGACCCAGUGCUUCCCUGGUGCAAGGGUGCAAAGGACAUCCUGGAGUGAAUUACUGAACUUAUAGCCCAGCGUCCAAGUAUCCAAACUGCGGUUAUUCACGCUGGCUGCAACGAUAUCCCAUCUUGUUUAAAACUAUUGACUCUGUUCUGAAUGCCCCACAGUCUGCAUGUAAUUUUCUUCACUUUUUCUAUCAACAAGGUCUCUUCUACUAGGGCUCUAAUUUCUCCCUCUGCUCAUGACCCCUCAGUCUCUGCCCCCUGCUCUGUGUUUUUAACAAGUUUGAGGCUGUGACUCUGUCUUCUCUACAGGAGAUUGGUGGUCAUGUGAAGCCCUCAGGAAUGAUGCUGUUCCUGCUCAAUUUUUUAUGGAGGUCUUCCCUACACUAGGACCAUAUGUUACUGUAGUCAUUAAAAGUCUGUGCUCAGGUGUGGUCCCUAUGAAUUUCAAACAAACAGUGGUGCAACCACUGAUCAAAAAACCAGAUCCUGCUGUUCUUGCCAAUUUAAAGUCUAUCUCUAAACUGCCCUCUCCUUCAAAAAUCAUUAAAAGGUAGUUUACAGUCAAUUAAUGGCCUUUCUGAAACAGCAUAACAUCCUAGAGAUUUUCCAGUCCGGUUUUAAAUCCCAGCAAAGCACCGAACCAGCACUUUUAAAAGUUGUUAAUGAUAUCUUUUUAACUACAGACUCUGGUGAUUCUGUGAUUCUGCUUUUAGAUUUAACUGCUGCCUUCCACACAGUGGUCCAUGAGAUCCUAAUUUCUCGCCUGGACCAGUGUGUGGGCAUUAGAAUAGAAUAGAAUUCAAAUUUAUUGUCAUUGCACAUGUCACAAGUACAGAGCAAUGAAAUGCAGUUUGCAUCCAUCCAGAAGUGCUUAGCAAGUAUAAAUAUAUUUACAAUGUACAUGGUAUGAAGGAAAUACAUACAUGAGUAUAUCACGGGUAUAUAACAUUGUUAUGAAUAUGCUAUAACUAUAAGUAAGUACAGGCUAUAGUAGUGUAUGUAUAGGCUAUGAACAGAUUAUAAAUAAUCUUUAGGGGUGUUGCAUUGGAGUGGUUCAGGUCGUACUUGGCCGACAGAAUUUUUUGUGUUAGCCUUGGCGACUCUGUGUCCUCCUCUGCUCCCCUCUCGUGUGGGGUCCCACAGGGCUCCGUGCUUGGCCCUCUCCUCUUCUCUCAUUAUUUGCUCCAGUUUGGCUCAAUAAAUUGGGAAACAUGGUGUUUCAUUCCAGAUGACAGUCAAAUUUUUGUUCCUAUCAAGAAAAAUGAUACAGACUCUGUCACCACGCUGUUUAAGUGUCCUGAUGACAUCAAGGCCUGGAUGGCUCUUAACUUUAAAUUUGAAUAACAACAAAACUGAGGUGAUGUUUUUGGUGGAACCAGUGGGAACCCCCUGCCAGAGCUUGGUUCUCUAACCCAGUACAUGAAACCGUUCAUUACAAACCUGGAAGUAAAGAUGGACCCUGACCUCAAACUUCACAGCCAGAUCAGGUCUGUUGUUAAAUCAAGUUUCUUUCAUUUGAGGCAUCUGACUAAAAUUAAACCCAUUCUUUCCAGGCAGCAUUUUGAGAUGGUGAUCCAUGCCCUUGUCACCACUCAGCUGGAUUACUGCAAUGCAUUAUACGUGGGGGCCAAGUGCGUCAGUCAUCUCUCGGCUCCAGAUAGUGCAGAACGCUGCAGCAUGUCUUUUAACUGGCAUUAGAAAACAUGAGCACAUUACCCCCAUUUGUGCUUUACUCCACUGGCUGCCCAUACAUUUUAUGGUUCAUUGUAAAAUUAUUUUAUUUGCUUCUAAAUCCCUCAAAGAUCUUGCCCCGCUUUACGUCUCUGAGCUUCUACACUUUUAUACUCCUUCCCGGUCUCUCAGGUCAGCCAAUCAGCUGCUCCUGAGAGAGCCUAAAACAAAGCGGAAGCUCAGAGGGGAUCAUGCCUUUGCUGUUGCAGCUCCUAAACUUUGGAAUAAUCUGCCUCAGCACAUUAUAAAGGCCUUAUCUUUGCCUGUUUUUAAAGUCUGUGCUUGGUCUUGCUAAGACUACCCACACUUUGACUGUACCUCUACCUGAGCCUGCCACGCUAUGUCUGAAUCACCCAGAAAAUGUAGGCCUAGACAGUCUAAAGAUAGUCUGCAGAAACAAAAUGAAGAUAUUGAUCAAGCUGGAUGCAAACAAAAGAAACAAGUAUUUCCAAACCAUGCUUAAAAUAUCUGGAGCUCAAAAUCUUAACCAGAAGGAAUUCUUGGAGGGCAUCUAAAUAUCUGGAGUAUCUUACCUAAGAGAGAUCAGAUUCAACAUCUUCUAACAGACUACAAUCUGGAUUUCCUUGCUCUUAGCAAAACGUGGUUGAAUAAUAAUACUCUGACAACUAUGAUUAAUGUGGUGGGGUAUGUGUGUUAUAGAAAGACAGGCAAUCAGGAAAAGGAGGAGGAGUCCAGAUUUAUAUUAGAGAAAACUUUAAAUGCUCUGUUAUUUCUCUGGACACAGGUAAUCUUGAAUGUUCAAUUUUAAAUAUUGCCCUGUCACCAAAGAUGAAAUUUAAUGUUGCAAUAUUGUACAAUCCUCCGCCACAUGGUACCUCUAUCUUUACUAAUCUAGAUCAAUUGCUAAAACUAUAACAGUUACACUAGUCUACUAGGAGAUUUCAACAUAAAUUGGCCGGAUAAAUACAGUAAGAGAAAACUUAAAAUGAGUACAUCAAAAUACAAAUUGCAUCAAAAGACAUAUGACCCAACAAGACACACAAACCUGAACGAGUGACAAGAACUUGUGACUUACUGAUAGGCCCAUCGGAUCAUAACUUGACACUCAUUAUCAAGGCUUACAAAGAAACGUUUACAGUGUCUCCUUCACUGUCCAAACAUGACAAACAAAGUAAAUGGGAUCAGAAAAAAUGAAAUUCUAAAAUUUGAUAAUGAAACUCAGAACAUAAACUGGGAUUCAGUUGUACAGUCAUGUGGCUUAAAUAACUGCUGUAAUAUUUUGAUGAGUUUACUGACAACCACUAUUGAAAAAUUUACAAAGCCAUUGAAGUCUAGGGAAAAAAAGCUUCAACUCUCCCCUGGCUUAAUGCCAAUUUAUUAAAAAAGGGACCUUGCAUUGAAAAAAUCCUUGCUUUCAAAAUUACAGACAGACACCCUUAUUUUCAAAGGCCUUAGAAAUGAAGUAGCUAAGCUGAGAAAACUGCCUAUUUCACAAACAUAAUUGUACAGUCACAGGGUAAUAGCUCAUCCAUAUGGAGGCAUAUUGACAGGUUAACCAAAUGAGAGUCAAAUCAGAGAAAAAGUGUAAUUCAGUUAAAUGUGAAUGGAGCGAUUAGCUCUGAUAGCUCAGUGGUUGCAAAUGCACUAAAUACCUUCUUUCUACAAUCCGUGAAGGAACUGGCAGUAAAAUUUCAACCAACAGUUAUGUUAAACAUCUCAGGAAACCACACACCAAGCUCCUUUUUUAUCAGACUGAUGAAAGCAAAAUAUAACAAAUGAAUAAUUGACUACAUAAUCCAAAGGCUAAAGAUAUCUUUGGAUUGGACACCAAAUUUGUAAAAAGCAUAACACUCUAUUAAAGCCCAUAACUAAUCAGAUAAAUUUGUUCAAUCAGACCCUGACAAAGCCUGCAACUACAGGCCAUUUUCAAUUCUCCCAGCAAUCUCAAAAGUUCUAGAAAAGGUAGUAGCAGAGGAACUGAUCACCUUGCUUAACAACAACCAGCUCCUCCACCCAAAACAAUUUGGUUUCUGAUUCGAUCCGUAUACUUAACAGAAAUGGCUGCAUGCUAUCUUUAAGAAACCAUACAGAACCACCACUUUUUUCUGGUAUUUAAAUUGUGUAUAUUGUAUAUAGUUUUAUUUAUUUAUUUAUUUUUAUCUAUUUUUUUCUUCUCCCUUUUUCCUUUUCUAAUUUUUUUUUUAAGUUUUUAAAUUUAUUUAAGUUCUUAAUAUACCAUCUUUAUUUUGAUAACUGCAUUUUUGCACUUUGUGAUGCUGCUGUGACAAAAAAAUUUCCCCGUGGGGGAUCAAUAAAGGGAUAUUCUAUUCUAUUCUAUUCUAAGAAAUCAUUAGAUGAUGGUAAAAUUGUAGAAGCAGUACUUUUGGAUCUGAAAAAGGCCUUUGAUACUGUAAACCAUGAUUUACUUUUAAAUAAACUCAGAAGUCUGAAUUUUUCCACAAAUACCCUUUGCUGGUUUAAAUCUCAUCUGGAAUCUUGACAGCAAUGUGUUAAAAUUAAUAGUUCAAUAUCAUCCUUUUAGAACUGCAAUCUGGGCGUGCCACAAGGCUCCAUUCUGGGGCCACUACUCUUUUCUUUAUACAUCAAUGAGCUGCCUGACAGCUGUAAAGAUGUUAGCUGCCAGAUGUACGCUGAUGGUGCAGUUAUUUACAUUACAUCAAACACCUCACAAAUGGCUGCAUAUUCCUUAAAUAGGCAUUUGGCAGGGGUGUCAGUGGCUGAAAAAAAAAAUGUUUUAAACUUAAAUUGUGAAAAUUGUAUAAUUAAUUGUGUAAAUGAGUUUAAAUAUCUAGAUGUCAUCUUUGAUUCCCAGUUAAAAUUUGAAAGACAUGUCAAAAAAGUAUCCAAAACCAUCGACUAAUCUGAAGUACUUUUGACUUAUAAGACCUUGUCUACCAAUCAAGACUGCCCAGUUAUACAUGCACUCCAUGAUUCUCUUUCACUUCUCCUAUUGCCUAACUGUCUGGGGCUUGGCCACUCAAUCUGUAAUGAAGCCCAUGCUGUCAUUAUACAAAAAAACCUUAAAAAGACUAAAUCAAAAGUCAAUGAAAUGGCACCAUUACAAAAUUCUACAAAAGUACAACUUGUUGAGAUUCGACAGUUUCAUAAAUCUUUUAUUACUUAAACAAAUUUUUAAAUAUGUGAAUGGCUUUGCCCCAGACCUAGUUAGUGAAAUGAUUGAAAAAUACUCAUAUAAAGGAGCUUUUACAAGAGGAGCAGUCAGUGGAGACUAAACCUGCAAAGUGCAGUACAGCUUUUGUCCAGUCUUCCUUCUAGUCAAAGGUCCACAGAUUUGGAAUAUAUUACCAUCAGAAAUAAAACCAUUAAAGGACCCCAAAGCCUUCAAUAUCAAAACAAAACUAUGGCAUAAAUAAGGACAAAUCUGUGAACACAAUUUAACAUAUAUAUAUAUAUAUAUAUAUAUAUAUAUAUCAUGGCAUGUACAAAACCCAAUUCCAUUAAAGCAGGGAAAUUGUGAUAAACAUAAAUACAAACUGAUUACAAUGAUUUGCAAAUCCUUUUUAACCUAUAUUUAAUUAAAUACAUUAUAAAGACUAGAUAUUUAAUGUUCAAACUCAUAAACUUUAUUUUUGUAACAAGUAUUGACUGGACCCAAUUGCAGCACAAACAAGCAGGUUCACUGAAACAACAGUCUUUCUUGACACUAAACCAAAUGAAGCAGCAGAGUAUUGCAGGUGGGUAUGGCAGGGUUCGAACCCAGGUCUUCCAAGUGCCAGGCGAGCAGGUUAGCAGAGGACCACAGGGCAGGCAAGAAAUCUGGGACUCAUGAGCAGGGAAUUGUCCACAGUCUCAAUUUGCUCUACGAGUGUGGUGAAGGGGAAAAUGCUCAAACUCACAGCUGGAGGAAGAUUUCUGGGAGAGUGGUUCAGGUGAGGACUGGUUGAGGAUCCAGAGCUUGCAAUGGAGCUGGCAGAACCAACGUCUGCAGAGGAGGUGAGUUGGCGAGGUGAAGCUGACGAGAAGGGGGAUCUUGACAGAGCAGAAACAGGCUGAGCCGCAGGCAGACGAAUAGCAGGAAACAGGCAGACAGAGUUCGUAGUCAGGGACAGAAGGCAGGUGGGUUUACCGAGGCUGAGGCGUGACACCUGACAUCUCCCCCGCAGAACGGUCCUCCACAUCCUGGACAGGUGGAGGCAAGGUGCGGGUUCCUCGACGAGCUGACUCAUUGGCUGGCUGGUCGGGAUGUUGCUGAUGAAAGUUGGCCAUGAGGUUGGGGUCCAAAAUGUGGCGAGCAGGAACCCAAGAUCUCUCCUCAGGACCAUAACCCUCCCAGUCCACAAGGUACUGGAGACCCCUACCCCGCUGCCGAGAACGAAUUAGGCAGCGCACUACAUACACCGGACCGCCGUCGACCAUUCGUGGAGGGGGAGGUGGUGGUGCCGAAGGGACCAAGAGGCUGUUGUGGACUGGCUUAACCUUGGAGACAUGGAAGGUAAGGUGUACUCUCAUGGAACGUGGGAGUUUAAACCGGACUGUCACUGGGUUGAUGACCCUCUGAAUGGUGAAAGGCCCAAUAACCUUGGUGCCAUCUAUUUGGAUUCCACCCGGAGAGGUAAGUCUUGGGUGGAGAGCCACACCUGCUGACCCACUUGGUAGGUAGGUGCAGCAAUACGGCGGCGGUUGGCAUUGGCAGCAUAACGACCCACAGAACGGAGGAGGGUGGAGCGAGCCUGGAGCCAUGUUCUGCGGCAGCAACGGAUGAAGGCUUGGACUGACGGACUGGAGAGCUCCUUCUCCUGGGCUGGAAAAAGUGGUGGUUGAUAGCCGUAAGCACACUGGAAUGGAGAGAGGCCAGUAGCAGAGCAGACGAGGGAGUUGUGGGCAUAUUCAACCCACAAUAGUUGUAAUGCCCAGGAAGAGGGGUUCUGGGAGGCUAUGCACCGCAGGGCUGUUGCUAGUUCUUGAUUCAUACGCUCAGUCUGUCCAUUGGUCUGAGGAUGGAAUCCAGAGGACAGACUGGCAGUAGCACCCAGUAGACUGCAGAACUCCCUCCAAAACACGGAACAAAACUGGGGACCACGGUCCAACACCACAUCAACAGGGAGACCCUGAAGACGGAAAACAUGGAGCAGAACCAACUGGGCAGUCUCUUUAGCAGUGGGAAGCUUGGGCAGAGGCACGAAGUGGACCAUCUUGCUGAAGUGGUCCAUGAUGGUCAGGAUGACAGUGUGACCAUCAGAGGUGGGAAGACCGGUGACAAAGUCCAAAGAUAUGUGAGACCAUGGGCGGUGAGGAACAGGAAGAGGUUGUAGUAGCCCAGCAGGAGGCCGACGGGAGGUCUUAUGUUGGCUGCAGGUUGGACAGGCCUUGACGAAUUCCCGGACGUCCUCUUGCAAGGUGGGCCACCAGAAACGUUGGAGGAGGGCAUGCCGUGUCCGUUGAAUCCCAGAGUGGCAGGAGAGCUUGGAGGAGUGGGCCCAUUGUAACACCUCUGACCUCAAGGCUGGUGGAACAAAAAGGCAGUUAGACAGGCAGGAGCUGGGGCCUGGCUGUCCUUCUGUGGCUGCCCUCACCUUCUCCUCAAUGUCCCAGGUCAACAUGGCUACAAGGCAGGAUGUAGGGAGGAUGGUCUCAGCUCCAUCAACAGAAUCCUCUGUCCUCUGGAACUGUCAGGACAGGGCGUCAGGCUCGACAUUGCAGGAACCAGGACGGUAAGAGAGGGUGAAGUUAAAACGGGCAAAGAACAGGGACCAGCGGGCCUGGCAAGAGUUCAGUCUCUUUGCAGAGCGUAUGUAUUCCAGAUUCUUGUGAUCAGUCCACACAAGAAAAGGUUCCUUUUUGCCCUCCAACCAAUGGUGCCACUCUUCUAAGGCCAUCUUUACUGCCAAGAGUUCCCUGUUACCAAUGUCGUAGUUUCUUUCUGCAGAGGACAGACGUCGGGAGAAGAAGGCACAGGGAUGGAGCUUUUGGUCAGUGCAUGAGCUUUGAGACAAGACGGCCCCCACCCCAACAUCAGAGGCAUCCACCUCAACCACAAACUGGCAUUCAGAGUCAGGCAUCAGGAGGAUGGGCGAUGAGGUGAACCGAUCCUUGAGGAACUGGAAGGCCGCUGCAGCUGCAGAAGACCACUGGAAGGGCACUUUGGGGUAGGUCAGAGUGGUGAGAGGGGCUGCUACUGAGCUGUAGUUGUGGAUGAAGUGAAGGUAGAAGUUGGCGAACCCAAGGAAGCGCUGAAGCUGCUUGCAGUUCUCCGGAACAGGCCAGGAGGUAACAGCUGAGACCUUGGCUGGGUCCAUCUGGAUGCUGCCUUGUGCCACAAUGUACCCCAGAAAAGAUGCUGAAGGAACAUGGAACUCGCACUUUUCUGCUUUAACAUACAGGGAGUUCUCCAAGAGGUGCUGAAGGAUGGACUGGACAUGAUGAAUGUGUUGCUCUUUGGACCGGGAGAAGAUGAGUAUAUCAUCGAGGUAAACAAAGACAUACUGGUUGAUCAUGUCUCGGAGAACAUCAUUAAUCAGAGCCUGGAAGACAGCAGGGGCAUUGGUGAGGCCAAACAGCAUUACGAGGUACUCGUAGUGUCCAGUAGGGGUGUUGAAUGCCGUCUUCCAUUCAUCUCCUUCUCUGAUGCAAACGAGGUGGUAGGCGUUGCAGAGGUCGAGGUUGGAGAAAAUGGUGGACCCCUGGAGCAGUUCAAAGGCAGUGGAGAUGAGUGGCAGUGGGUAACGGUUCUUUACCGUGAUCUCAUUCAGUCCUCUGUAAUCUAUGCAAGGUCUCAAUGUCUUGUCCUUCUUCUCAACAAAGAAAAACCCUGCUCCAGCAGGGGAUGAAAAGGGACGAAUGAUGCCUGCGGCCAAGGAGUCGUUUAUGUACGUCUCCAUGGCCCUUCUUUUGGGUUCGGACAGGGAGUACAGGCGACCCUUUGGAGGUGAUGAACCAGGCAGGAGAUCAAUGGCGCAGUCAUAGGGGUGGUGUGGAGGCAGAGAGGUGGCUCUGGCUUUACUGAAGACCUGGGGGAAGUCAUGGUACUCGGGUGGCACCCCACUGAGGUCACGUGAUGAACUGGAGCUACAACUGGAGGGAUGAAGCGGAACUGAGGCUUGCUGCAGGCACCUCUGAUGACAGGAGGAACUCCACUCCCGGAUGGUCCCAGUUGCCCAGUCGAUGUGAGGAUUGUGAAGACGGUGCCAUGGAUAUCCCAGGAUAAGUGGCAGGCAGGAAGAGCUCAGGAUGUGAAACUGGACGGUUUCAUGAUGAUUACCAGACAGUAGCAGGUGAACAGGAGAGGUCUGAUGUUUGACGGUGCCCAAGACGUGUCCAUCUAAGGCUCGAGCAGGAACCGGGUGAGGCAAAGGAACCCGCUCAAGCCCCAGCUGAAGGACCACCUCCUCAUCAAUGCUGCUGGCAUCAGCCCCGGAGUCAAUGAAGAUAGCAAAGGUGUGGGGGCCAUCUGGAAGGAGGAGGCGGCCUUGGAGCAGGGGUCGCUAGCUUUGGGGAGGUGACAGGGUAGUUGAGCUCACCAGGGUCUCCCCAACUACUGAUGAGCUCUGGCUUUUGCUGGACAGCCGGAGAUGUAGUGUCCCGCUGCCCCACAAUAGAGGGAGAGAUUGGACUUGCGUCGACGCUUUCUCUCUUCCAGGGAGAGGGAGGUGCGGCCCAACUGCAUGGGCUCUGGAUCCUCAAACUGCUGACCCAAUGAGGCGGAGUUGGCUGCAGCAGCACCCCCAUGGGAGCGAGGUGGACGAGAAUGUUGGGUUCCCUCUUGAUGCUUCUCUCGUCGACGAGUCUGGACACGAAGAUCAAUGCGGACGGCCAAGUCAAUCACCCCGUCCAAGGUGAGGGAGGUGUCAUGUGAAACCAGUUCAUCCUCAAUGUAACCAGCCAACCCAUGGAGAAAGGCAUCAUGGAGAGCUGCACUGUUCCAACUGCUUUGGCUGGCUCUGGUGCGGAAAUCAAUGGAAUAGUCAGCCACUGUUCGUUCGCCUUGCUUCAGUCCCAUCAGUCCCCUUGCCGAAUCAGAACCAGAAUUCUCAAACCCAAAAACCUUCCAAAACUCAGCAGCAAACAGGUCAAAGGAAGCACAGGCUGGAGACCACCUCUCCCACUCAGCUGUUCCCCAUAGUCUAGCUCUGCCUGUCAGGUGGUUAAUGACAAACGCUACCUUUGCUGGUUCUGUGGCGAAGAUGCGGGGCUGCAGGGCAAACAGGAGAUAACAAUUGGUGAGGAAGGGCUGCAAGUCUCUCGAUCUCUGUCAUAACGCUCCAGGGUUCCCACCUGGGGCUCAGGAGCAUCGCUGGGUGGAGAAGAGGCGGGUAAAGGUGCAGGAGCAGAAGGUGAAGCUUCUGAAAAAGAGGCAAAUCCAGCAGAUGAGGGGAGCUGGGUUAGUUGAGCUGAUAGCUGCUGCAUCUGUGAGGCCAAAGCUGCUAGUGUUUGUCCCUGAGUCUCAGCAGCUUGUCUGGCUUCAGCGGCAGCCGCAGUCAUCAUGGCCUUGUGUUGCUGCAGAACGCCCUCAAUUCUCUCAAGGCGACUCAGUGGUUAGACAUUGUGUGCUGGGUCCAUAGUUUAGCCAGAUUGUACUGUAACAGGUAUUGACUGGACCUAAUUGCAGCACAAACAAGCAGGUUCACUCAAACAACAGUCUUUAUUUGACACCUAACCAAAUGAAGCUGCAGAGUAUAGCAGGUGGGUAUGGCAGGAUUCAAACCUGGGUCUUCCAGGUGCUAGGCGAGCAGGUUGGCGGAGGACCACAGGACAGGUAAGAAAUCUGGGACUCAUGAGCAGGGAAUUGUCCACAGUCUCAAUUUGCUCUACAAGUGUGGUGAAGGGGAAAACGCUCAAACUCACAGCUGCAUCAGCUGAGAGUGGUUCAGGUGAGGACUGGGUGAGGAUCCAAAGCUUGCAAUGGAGCUGGCAGAACCGACGUCUGCAGAGGAGGUGAGUUGGCGAGGUGAAGCUGACGAGAAGGGGGAUCUUGACAGAGCAGAAACAGGCUGAGCGCAACCCAGCCGCAGGCAGACGAAUAGCAGGAAACAGGCAGACAGAGCUCGUAGUCAGGGACAGAAGGCAGGUGGGUUUACAGAGGCUGAGGCGUGAAGCAAAGGUCAGGGGCAGAUCAGGUCGAUAUCAGGUAAGCAAUCCGGGGAUGAACGCUGGAGAGUCAGGCAUGAGAGCGAAGACAAUCUGGCAAAGAGUGAGGGGAAAGAAGCUGCAUAUAUACUGGCCUGUUUGGAGACGAUGAGCAGGUGAGAGCAGCAGGUGGAAGCAGUUAGCUGAUGAGGGCUGUGGCUGAGCAGCAGAGCAGGAGAGGUGCAGAGCAGACUGUUACAAUUUUUUUUAGCAAAUAAUAAUUAACUCAGAAUUUCAUGGCUGCAACACGUGCCAAAGUUGUUGGGACAGGGACAUGUUUACCACUGUGUUAUAUCACCUUUCCCUUUAACAACACUCAAUAAACAUUUGGGAACUGAGGAGACUAAUUGUUGAAGCUUUGAAGGUGGAAUUCGUUCCCAUUCUUGCUUGAUGUACAGCUUCAGUUGUUCAACAGUCCCGGGUCCCCGUUGUCGUAUUUUCUGCUUCAUAAUGCGCCACACAUUUUCAAUGGGAGACAGGUCUAGACUGCAGGCAGGCCAGUCGAGUACCUGCACUCUUUAACUACGAAGCCACACUGUUGUAACACGUGCAGAAUGUGGCUUGGCAUUGUCUUGCUGAAAUAAGCAGGGGGGUCCAUGAAAAAGAUCUUGCUUGGAUGGCAGCAUAUGUUGCUCCGAAACCUGUAUGUACCUUUCAGCAUUAAUGUUGCCUUCACAGAUGUGUAAGUUACCCAUACCUUGGGCACUAAUGUACCCCCAUACCAUCACAGAUGCUGGCUUUUGAACUUUUGCGUCGAUAACAGUCUGGAUGGUUCUUUUCCUUUCCAACGUCCACUAUUUCCAAAAACAAUUUGAAAUGUGGACUCGUCAGGCCACAGAACACUUUUCCACGUUGCAUCAGUCAUCUUAGAUGAGCUUGGGCCCAGAGAAGUCAGCGGCAUUUCUGGAUGUUGUUGAUAAAUGGCUUUCGCUUUUCAUAGAAGAGUUUUAACUUGCACUUACAGAUGUAGCGACGAACUGUAUUUACUGACAGUGGUUUUCUGAAGUGUUAUUGAGCCCAUGAGGUGAUAUCCUUUAAACAUUGAUGUCGGUUUUUGAUACAGUGCCGCCUGAGGGAUCAAAGGUCACGGUCAGUCAACGUUGGUUUCCGGCCGUGCCGCUUACGUGCAGUGAUUUUCCCAGAUUUGUCAGAACCUUUUGAUGAUAUGGACCGUAGAUGUUAAAAUCCCUAAAUUCCUUGCUAUUGUACUUUGAGAAACAUUUUUCUUAAACUGUUCGACUAUUUGCUCAUGCAGUUGUUCACAAAGUGGUGAACCUCGCCCCAUCCUUCUUGUAAAUGACUGAGAAUUUUUGGAGAGGCUGCUUUUAUACCCAAUCAUGGCACCCACCUGUUCCCAGUUAGCCUGCUCACCUGUGGGAUGUUCCAGAGAGGUGUUUGAUGAGCAUUCCUCAAAUUUCUUAGUAUUUUUUGCCACCUUUCCUAACUUCCUUGGCAUGUAUUGCAGCCAUAAAAUUCUGAAUUUAUUAUUAAUUCCAAAAAAAUAAAUAAAUAAAUAAAGUUUAUGAGUUUGAACAUUAAAUAUGUUGUCUUUGUAGUUUAUUCAAUUGAAUAUAGGUGGAAAGGAUUUGCAAAUCAUUGUAUUCAGUUUUUAUUUACGUUUAUCAUAAUUUCCCAACGUCGGUGGAAUUGGGUUUUGUAUGUGAGUCUAAUUGUGUGUAUGUAUGUAUAUAUGUAUCCACGUAUAUGCGUAUAUGUUUGUAUGUAUCUGUAUAUGUAAGUCUCUGGAUUUUUGUGCAUAGAACUGCUUGUUUUGUUUGCUUUGCUGCUGUUUUUAUGCAAACAUAUGAUUGCCUGUCUGCACCUGCUAUAAUGUUAGUUUUUAUUUAGCGGUUUAUGUAUCAUGUGCUGAAUUUCACGCUGUCUAACAAGGGACAAGGACCGCAAAUUAGCCACGGCUAGAAGUCCUGCAUACAAAGCAUCGGUUGCCUUUUAAUUAGAUGCACCAAUGCCUGAUGUACUGUCCCUGUCAAAUAAACAAAUAAUAAUAAUUAAAAACCCCUGUACCUUGUUCAGAAGCUUACUUGUGUGUACCUCCCCCAAAAUGCAACCACACAUUAAAACAAUACGGACCACAGGCCCUGUGAUUGGUCUACUUGCUGGUGAAUAUUUCCUGUAUCUCAACUGUCACCUGUCCUCUUCAUUGUCUAUCUCCUCAAGCGUCUUUCAAGUGCUGCACAACAUUUUUCAGCCCACCAACAAAGAAGGAACUGAGCAGGACCAGAAACUGGAGAUAUGAUGAACAUUUUCAUUGCACUGCGGACUAUCAUUUUGUUGGAUUACUGCAAAGUGGCACAGAUGCAGAAAUAUGUGGCACCCAUGAGGGUGUAAACCUUGGGCAGGUCAGACCCUGAAGCAUAAACCAGGCUCUGGGACUAGCAUGUCUAUGCACAUCAUGGUCACACCUCCUGUGUGCACUUGUUUUUAAGCGAAUGUUCCAUGGGUGUGUGUGGAGCAGACAACACUGUUUACUGCGCUACAUUCACAAGACUUUAGUUUAAAAAUACAUUAAAGUCCCUCAGCCCAGUUUGCAGACCAGGCCAGUGAGGCCACUGUCAAACUUGCUGGUCCUGAUGACCAGUCCAGCUCUGGCUACAAUAUACUCCUUUUGCCUAUAACACAGGAGCACAGGAGUUCUGGUUUCAGUGCUGCCUAAAUGUGCUGCCGUUGUGCACUAUACAAAAACUGUUUUUGAUGCACACUCCAUCCAAGUUAAAAACACAGAAGUCUCACAGUGACACAAAUCGAGUAUUUGUGCGGCAGCAGAGUAGCACCUGGUCGUCUGCAGCUAAAAUGAUAUUUUUUUGUCAGAAGGGUCUGGUAAAUUGGAUGAGGAGGACCUGUUUUUUGUUUAUUUAUAUAUAUUUUUUUCUGAUUGAACAUCCAAAUUUUGAGCUAAGGAUCAUUUCUUUGAUGUUCUCUGGGGUCGGAGUUAUCUGAGAAGUCAGUUACAGUAGUUACAGCCUGUUAGACUGCUGCCAACUGAAAAGGGUUUCCACAGAAAUUCCCUUUCAGUCUUCUCCAAAAAUCACUUAUUUGCCCUCCCGCUGUGUGUCCUCAGGCCUGUGGGGUGGACUUUGAGGUGAAAGCUUUCUGUGCAGAAAAUGUUGAAGAAAAAAUCCACAAAAGGUAAAAGAAAUUAAAUAAUCCCCUGAUACUGUCAUUCAGACGAGGAUCUCUGUUAUUACCUCUCAGCAGCAACAUCAUGGUGGUGUUUGUGUUUGCAGGAACUCGGUGCGUCUGGUGAUCAGAAAGGUGCAGUAUGCUCCAGAGAAACCUGGUCCUCAGCCCACAGCAGAGACCACAAGACAGUUCCUUAUGUCAGACAAACCUCUGCACCUGGAGGCCUCACUGGACAAAGAGGUAAUACCUGAGAACUUCACUCUAUAACAGUACAUAUCAGGGAUUUGACCAAAUGUACCCGCUGUGACAUGGACAAACAAAACCUUCCCAUGGUCGCUGUGGGAGCAGUUUGUCAAACUCUCCAUCCUGUCUCCCUCUUCUGGUAGGGGAGGUCAAAGCCCCUGAGAUAUGAUGCCAGUCUGAAUGCUCAUAGAGUGAUUCAAGUUUACAAUAUCGAGGUAUAGAUUGUGUAUUGUAAUGUAGCAUAAAAAUCGGACAUUGUUUGUAAUGUAUCACAUUGCCCAGUCCUGCUUCUAUCUCUGUGCAGUCCUUGUGCUUUGUCUCUGUUUUCUCUCAGAUUUAUUACCACGGAGAGCCGAUCAGCGUCAACGUUCAUGUCACCAACAACACCAACAAGACUGUGAAGAAGAUGAAGAUCUCAGGUAGAACACCUGUUCUCUCUGGUCAGGUCCUCUAUAACCAUGUGUGGUAUUCAUCAAUAAUCUGUGUCCGCAGUGCGACAGUAUGCAGACAUCUGCCUGUUUAACACAGCUCAGUACAAAUGUCCGGUGGCCACAGAGGAAUCUGAGUAAGUUUUCAGAUGUUCUAGAUCAUUUCAGCUGUACUGACAGAGCCGGCCCAGGCCUCAAUGGGGCCCUAAGCAAAAUUUGAUCUUGGGGCCCUCAAUUUCCGCCAAUAAUAUUGAUUGUUGAUCAUUCACACACCUUCACAAAUCUCUUUAACAUUCCAUGACAUGCAAACAUACCUUAUCUUGGCGUUUUUUCUCUUCUUCCUGUUUCUUUUCUGUGCCCCUGAAAGGAUACGUCCUUUUUUGAGACAUUGUUUUGCCCCACAACUACCUGCACUUUGGAUGCUCAGUGCAUGUUGCACAGCAGAAGGUACAUAACAGCAACUGAGCUUUGACAUAUAUCGGCAGUAAGAAUGAUAGGCCUACAUCAGCAGCAGCACUAAAAUGUUUUUACUUUCUUUUAUUUUUACAAUAAUAUAUAUUUGAUCAUACAGAAAGCAUCAAUCAUACAUGCAAAAAAAAAAAAAUAUUACUUUUUUUCUUUUGCUUUUUGAUUGCUUUUGGGGGCCCCCUACUGGCCACGGGGCCCUAAGCAGGCGCUUAGCCUUGGGCCGGCUCUGUGUACCAAUGUCUGGCUUUACUUUUUAACAGGUGUGUUUUUUUAUGUUUCAGUGAUGUUGUUGCACCCAGUUCAACUUUCUGCAAAGUUUUUACUCUGACUCCAUUUCUGGCCAACAACCGAGAGAAACGAGGUCUGGCUCUGGACGGGAAACUAAAGCACGAGGAUACGAACCUCGCCUCCAGCACCCUGUUAGUUCUGCUGCAUGUUCACUUUUUAGGCCUGAAUAUGUUGUCAUUUAAGAUGUUUUCAUUUUAGAACUUGAAAUAAUAAGUGCACCAAGUCACAUUUCAAAAGUACUGUACCUUUUGGGCUCUAUUUUUGUGACGCAAUGGAGGGUGGCGGACCCCGUGGAGUGAUAUUUUCAUCUGGCAGAGCCGAGCGUACAGCCAGUUUGGUAUUUUUUGUAGACUGAGGCGCACUGAGGUCCGCCAAGCUGGGCGUGGUGGCGUGGCAGGGGGAGGUGUCGACAGAAUCAGCUGGCGCAGUGACAUUUUCGUGCUCGCCGGUGGCGUAUAAAGUGCGCUGAAAGCUUGCCGAUUCAAACCUGGUCAGCUCUCAACGCAGGCAGAGCGCAGCUGGUCUAGUGGUAUUUUGGUAGACCGGCGGCGAAGUGCGCAUACGUCACCGAUGCCUCACCAGCAGGUUUCCACAAUGUCAGGCACAUUUCAGUGCAAUAAAUAAUCAACAACAACUAAUAAUCUGAGUCAGCACAUACAUUUAGAUCUAUAUAGAUAUAUUCUGAUCUAUAUCUGAUCUGAUGAGCUCGUUUCGCACGCGUUUGGACACACCACCUGACCGAUUCAACACAGCUGAAACCGCAUUAAAUUAAAUUAAACAUCUAGUAAAUAGACACACAUGAUGAAGUGAACAAGAUAUUUAAUUCGUCUCCCCCCUAUUUCUAUCUUCCUCUUCCUCUUAUUUCUCGCGCAGCUCGACCUGGACAUGUCUCUGUGUCCUCUCCCCGUCCUGCUGCAGCUGCUGCUGCGGCAGCUGAACAGAUGAUUUGUUUUAGUGAUCAGAUGAGUUAUUUACUUCAAGCCUACAUAGGAAUAUUACAAUAUUCAGUUUUGUGAGCCAAAUUUAUUUCAUAUGCCAAUAUCUAUGAAAGAAAGAGCCAGGCCAUGGAGCGUGAUGCGUCAUUUACACACAGAUGGUUCCGAUUUUAAUGCCAUUAUUGGAAUUUGUGUUGUGGUCUGUGCGCACAACCCGCCUUUGUCACGUGAGGUUUGAAUAUGUGCAACUUUAUGUGAGUGUCUUUAUUUGUGGAAAAGGAUGUUUGUCUUACCAGUGGAUCCAACAUUACACACACCAAAUCCAUCUGUGCUCAUCUGAGAGAGUGUGGAGGACGCCCUCUGCAGCUUUUUCAGUGACACUUGUUGAGCGGCUGCCUUCUGUCACCAUCAUGUGGCAUUGCUGUCUUCAGACGUCUCUUGAUCUCUUUGACUACUUCACGAAAAUUGCAAUACCUCUCGCUGGUGACAGCUUUAAAGGUGAGGAGAGGAGUGGUCCUGAUUGGCGAAAAAAGGUCACGGCUGUGUUAAACCCACUCCACGCCCUCUCUACAACUUACGCCGCUGGGAGGAGCUGAGUUAGGGAGGGGGGAUUCUCAGGCUGGGCUGCGCCGCUCACCAAAAUACCAAAUUGUGCAUAGGAAUGCCUUGUUGGCGCGGCGGACCUGACUUAUGCCGCGCCUACGCCACAUCACCGGUGAGGCACAAAAAUAGAGCUCUUUGUUCAGCUCUUUAUCUGAACUCUGUUAAUGUUUGCCGAGUGAUUCAGGGUUUGAAUGUGAGUCUAAAAACUGUAAUGCAGAAUCCUGAUAGCCAACAGGUGUUUUGUUGUGUUUCGCUACCUUAUCAAAGAAUGUUAUCAUGGUGCAAAUCAAUGAAGACCUAACUCGACAAAGAACUGUGAGUCUAGUGGACAUUAAGUAAGGAAAGUUAUUGUGUAUUUGUGGCAGACUGUCAUCAUACUUCCUUGUUUUUCACCUGAGCAGAUCCUUCGGAUUUAGGUGUUUUUUUUGCAUUUGUAGAUUAUUUUCCUCCUUCCUGUAUCCAUAAGGGACACCAUGAAACUUAUAAAACUUCAUCACCAUUUCAUGAUGGUUGUGAAACAAGCUUGGAUUAGCAGCACAUGCAUACAAAAGGCCCUGGAUGAUUUGUCACAUUUGCACUAAAGAGCAGUCUAAUGUGGUGUUGUUUGCUCAUUAAUAUUUGUCAUCAGAGUCGAUUCAAACCUGUGACUCCAGAGGAAGUGACCGGCUGCUGUUUUCUGUCCCUGUAGGCUGAGAGAUGGAGCGAACAGGGAGGUCCUUGGCAUCAUUGUGUCAUACAAAGUCAAAGUGAAGCUGGUCGUGUCCAGAGGAGGGUCAGUGUACUGUGUUCUUAACUGUGCUGGCUGCUUCUUGAAUUCUGCAUUAUUUCUCAUUGUAGAAAUGAUUUUUAUCCAACACGCCAUCCACCACUCUACACAGCUCUCUGUUCAGCUCCUUCUUUAUUUCAUGCACCAAGCUGCGCACUUUCUCAUGCACCAUGUUGUAUCCCUUUUCAUGCACUGUGCUGUUUGCUGAUAGGCCUCCUGUCUUGAGGCCCUCUUCACACUGCUCAGUCUGCCUACUCUCAGAGGGGUCAUGCCAUUUUUGGGCAGGCUCAUAUUUAUUAUGAUAUUCCUUAUUUUGGGAAGCUUAAUUUUACUGUAAAAAGUUUCUGUGUGACUCCAUCAUUUCUGCUCAACCCUGAGUUUACUGAUCUGAACGAAAUCUGCCUCAAAACGGUCCCAGCUGUGACCAAAUGAUAACUAAACUGUGACUGGCACAUCCGUGAGAAUGAUUCAUUUAACCUGUAAUUACUCUCCUUCCAGUCAACAUUGCAGUGUUGGCAGGUUAAGCAGAAACUGGGAUCACACAGCAGCAGCUGAUGUUGACUGUCUCUGUGUGAAUAAGCUCAUCAGUACAGAUGAGUACAGGCUGCUGCUCUGAUGUUAAAGAUGUGAAUAUUUAUCGAUUUCAGGCUCCUGGGAGAUCUGGCAGCCAGGUAACCUCUCACAAUCUGUCAUACUCUUAAACAAACCACACACUGAGACUUACUGAGGCAUCAGAGAGCACACACACUUACACCUGUAUUAAAACUGUUGUUGUUCUGUUGUGGCUGGUUAAACAUGAGAUGAUUUUUUCUUCUAGUGACGUCUCUGUUGAGCUGCCUUUUACAUUAAUGCAUCCAAAGCCAAUGGAGGAAUUGCUCUACAGAGACGGUAAGUUCUGUCCCAGCAGACUGUCUCCCUGCAGACAAACUAACCAACAGACUGAAGGUUUACGGGGCAAACAGAUUUUCUGACUGAGGUUUCCUGGUGUUAGUUGUGUUGUCAAUUUGCACAUGUUCCCUGAUAAUACACACUAGUUCCCUUAUCAAACACAGAUGGAAGUGACAGAAAACUGGAAAAUUCUAGCUUUUUGAGUUACCUCAAUGAAUUUUUUUUUUCCAAAAACAAAGAGAGACAAAUGUUCAGUCUUUCUGUAGAUAUUUCAGGUGGUUUGAAUGAGUGCUCUCUCUGUCUCUAUGUCUCUCUCCCUGCAGCUGCGGAUGAAGCUCCAAUCGACACAAACCUGAUCGAGUUUGAUACAAAGUAAGCAGUCAUCUGUGGGUUUGCCCGUCUGUCUGCCUGUCUAUCCAUCUCUCUUCCUGUGUCUGAACUGAUUGGCUGAGCUGUGGUUUAUGGCCUCAUCAAUACUCUGAGAGGUUUUCCUGCUGAAACAAGAUCAGGGAUGACUCGUCUCCUGGGUCUGGGCUUUAAUGCAUCUUAAUGCUGCAGCAGGAAAUGGAAACUCACUCUCACAGCUGCUCUGUGUUUUACUGCUCAUCACUUCACGCUCAUAUGAGAGCUGUAAUUGUCAAUGUCUGAAAAGGAAAGGAUUUCUGUUACCAUAGGAAACAUGAAGAGGAAAAAAGGAUGAUAACUGAGUGCAGUCCAUUUCCUCUGGUAUUGAAGGAGAUCCAUGAAACACCACCUGAAGGUGAAUGUGUCCAAACACGUUUCUGAUGAUAUGAAGAUAAGGGUUUCUAAACCCCACAUUGAACCUGGUCUCCAGUUAAUGUUUUUCCACCAUUAUUUGGGGUUGUCAGAACAUGUGUACAUACAAGAACACCUUCGUCCUGCCUACUCUUCCUGCUUCCUCUGCAAUCACUUUGCAGCCUGCCUCUGUCUUGCUCUGGUGCUGCUCUGUUCUCUACCCCAAGGUCUUUGCUGCUGCUCUCCCUGCCUUAGACUUUCAUAUUUGUUUGUAUGAAACUGGAGGGAGGUGUGCUCUCCCUGCCUUAGCCCUUGGUACUGCAACAUGUCAUACACAAAAAACUUUAAAGAAAUCAGACUUGAUACAGCUCAUACAGAAAAUGAAAGACUAAGAAAGGUAUAAAUGUAUCCUCCCAGUGGUCCUGACUUAAGUAUCGAAACAGGACUCACUGGUCUCAUUUUGGCUUGCUAUUCUGUCAGUCUGAGAGUGUGUUUGCGUGUUUGCAGUUAAAAAAAAAUCAAACUUAUUCUUCUCACUGUACUGGUGUCUGAAAACCUACAUUGAAGCUCAAUUCAGCUUCUGCCUGAAACACUUAGGGCCUGAUCUACUAAAGGUUUGCAUAUACAGUUGUGGCCCAAAUUAUUAGCCCCCCUAUGAAAUUUAAAGUUUUUUUUCCAAAAUUUCCAAAGUGCUGUUCAACAGAUUAAUGAUUUUUUACACAGCUUUUUCAAACAUCCUAGUUUUAUUUUGGAUCCUUACAUUAUUGUACUUUGCUCACAGAAAUAAAAUUAUUCCACAAAACCCAAAAAACUACCAGGGUCGAAAUUAUUAGCCCCCUGAAGAAUUGAUGUUUUUAUUGAGCCAAAACAAAAACCACUGUUGUGCAAUCAUAUACUUUCACUUUCGAGUGCUCACAGCACAGAAAAAGAAAUGUCGAUGCUCACAAAGCAGGAGAAGGAUAUAAAAAGUUAUCAGUGUUUCCAAGUGUCAAGAAGUGGAGUGGGAAGUAUCAAGAAAUUCAAGGAGAGCCACACAGUACAAAACAAGCCUGGGAGAGGUAGGGAGCGAAAAAUUUCAAAGAAACUGGAAAGAAAACUGGUAAGGAUGUGUCUAAACACCCUAGAACAACCACCAAAACAGUAGUUGCAGACUUAGCCAAGUCAGGAAUUGUGGUGUCAAACAAGACAGUCUCUAGAGCCCUGAACAGAAAUGGACUGUGAGGAUGCAGGCCAAGAAAAACUCCACUUCUACAAAAAAGACUCCUUCAAGCCACACUGAGGUUUGCUAAGGACAAUCUGGAGAAAGAUUGUGCAUACUGGAGACAUGUUCUGUGGUCAGAUGAGACUAAAUUAGAGCUCCUUGGCCACAGAGACAUUGCUUAUGUUUGGAGAAACAAGGGAGAGGCGUGUUACCCCAAGAACACCGUCUCCACAGUCGAACACAGUUAGUGCCGGUUCUAACCCACCCACAAAAAGAUAGAACUUUGAACAGAUAGUUUUGUAUUAUUAUUAUUAUUAUAACAACUAAAAUAAAAUAUUUCUCAAUUGCACAAAUCCUUCAAUAGAAAAAACACUUUAGUUAUUUAUCUUGUGCAAGAACAGAAAGGACACUUUUUAAGGUGCAUAAUCUCCACCUCCAACAUAACAACAAUAAAAAAGAAACUUGGGUUUCUCAAUUGCACAAAUCCUUCAAUAGAGCAUUUACAAAACACUUCCAGAAAAUCCAGUUAUUACAUCAGGAAAGACACUUAAGGUGCAUAUUCUCCACCUCCAACAUUGCAAAAGACAAUGGGGCAAUUCUGCACAAAACAGGUUAUCAGAGCUUAAAUAAUAAAUAUACACUAUAUACAUAAAAGUGGCAAAUAUUUAACAAAAAAUGUAACAAGACAGUACGAGAAGAGAAUAAUAAUAUAGAAUAUUAAAUAAAAUAUAGACUGAUAAUCUUACAUAGCAAAUCACACAAAUUUGAAAACACACUAAAGAAAAUGUGAUUGCUCUAUGAACAGAAAACACAAACUAAAACUAAAACCUGACCUUUCCUGCCUUCCUUGAUACAAAAUCAUCAAUAAUCUCGACAUGAGAAAUCUGCUCCCCUAUUAACUCAUUAAGACCUGAACUCUGGCUGAGCCGGGCCUCUGAAAUCCUGAGGGCCAUUUUAAGAAGGGCCCCCAGAUCCUGAGGUUUUCUGAACUGUUGAGGUUUAUAAAAAAGCGGAUAUCUCGGCCCCGGUAGCAGAUAGAAACAAAUUCAAAAAGUAUUUGAGAGCUUACAGGUGUGGCUUUCAAGAAAGCUACCUAUUAUUUUUCCGAACCUUCAUCACAUUUUUGAAAACCUUGAACAAACAAACUUGAUGAAUUAAAGUGGCUGUAUGAAUAAAAGUAAAGACUCUGCACUGGAGAAUAACAAAUUAUUUGCUUUCUGUAAAACAAGUGGCAGUCAUGAUAAAGUGUCCAUCAAUACAAAUGUAAAUAUAAAAAAUACAGUGUUGAAAGGGUAUACAGCUGCCCCAGUAUGGUGCCAGUACAAAAGCAGCACUAAAAUCUAAAAAAUACAUAAAUAAAUAGGUGUCUGACAGUGUGUUUAUCUCUGUGCUCACCCAAAGUCAUACAACACUCACAGAAAUCGCAGAUAGUGUGAGCCAAAGACCUCAAUAUGAAGAGGUUGUUCACCCUGCUGGAUGCUUCUCCUCCGAAGCUGCACUCUGCCUCAUGAGUUUACUUUACUCAUGAAGCACAUAGCAAGAUCCGAGCAUGAAUCCGAGCACUUUAUUCGCCUAUCAAAGGCAGACGGAUAUGAUGAUUUGAUUCGCCACGACUCCAGAAAGGAUUAAAAAAAACAACAGAAUGUUACAAAAUGACGUAUCUGCGCUCCUGGCUUGAAGGCUAGAAAUGCACAGCCGCGCUCCCGGCGUUGAAGGUUGAAAUGCGGACGUGCUGUCCCAGUUUAAAUGGGUUAAGUGAUUGAUGCUGAUGACGGCAAGGCCAGUAAGCCGUUCCUGAGACAUGGUUGACCUAAGGUACGACUUUAUCAACUUCAGUUUUGAGAAGCUCCUCUCUGCUUGAAUGACCGUGACUGGCAGAGUGAGAGCAAUCCUGAGAGCAGAGCUGUCCCCCACGACCGGGGAGCAGGGGGCUCCAGUUUGACAAGAGUUAAUACGAAACCACUUUGCGGUGCAGAGUUAUUAUUAUUAUCUUUUUCUUUCAUUUUUGGAAGUGCUCGUGCCACCCCCAAUAAAUCAUGACACAAAUGACGGCCCGUGCGGCUGCCCGGUUCGCCCGUGCCUCGGACCGCUACUGAACACGGUAGUGGAAGUAUCAUGCUGUGGGGAUGUUUCAGUGCAUCUGGAACUGGGAAUCUUGUCAAGGUUGAAGGACCAAUGGAGAAAGAAGGAUAUGAAGAUAUGAAGAUUUUGAAAGAAAACCUCAAGCAGUCAGCAGCAAAACUGGGUCUGGGUCGUCACUUUAUCUUUCAACAUGACAUUAACCCAAAACAUACAGCACUCCUGGUGUGGAGCUGCCUCCAGGAAACCAAAGUGAACAUUACUGACUUGCCUGCACAAAGCCCUGACUUAAAUCCCAUUGAAAAUCUGUGGGCUGCACUGAAGACCAGGGUCCAUGCUAGAAGACCAUCAAAUCUGGAGGAGCUUGAAAGAUUAAAAGAGGAAUGGGCUGGGAUUCCUCGGGAAAUGUGCUGGAGCCUUGUUACAAACUACAGCAAAUGACUGUAUGCUAUUAUCCAGCAAAAAGGACACACAAUUGACUAUUAGCCUCAGAGGGGCUAAUAUUUUCGACCAUGGUAGUUUUUGGUUUUUGUGAAAUAAUUUUGUUUCUGUGUGCAAAGUAAAAUAAUGUAAGGAUCCAAAACAAAACUAGGAUCUUUGGAAAAAUGUGUGAAAAAAAUCAUUAAUCUGUUGGACAGCACUUGGGAAAUUUUGGAAAAUAACUUAAAUUUCAGAGGGGGGCUAAUAAUUUUGGCCACAACUGUGUAAAAACAUGUGCAAACUUGCACGCAAAGCUGAUCUAUUAACCAGGUGCACCAAGGAUUGAGUCCGUCAAAUGAGCAAAACAGCACGCACAAUUGAUUUAGUGUAUUUGCCUUCAUGAAUAUGCAGAAUGUAUGCAGAUGAUCAAAAUACGCAAAAUACUGGGGGAAGGAGAUCUAGAUGGGAUCAUUUAGCACUAGCAAUGUGAUUCAUCCAACCUGGAAACUGAUUGUAGUUGGUGUAUUUACGUCUUUAUUCAGCACAUUUGAAAAGCUGGUACAAAUUGGCAGAGUUACGCACAAAUGGCUACGGUCAUUGUGGGGAAAAGGAGGCAUAGGCACAAUGAGAAACAAGAGAGAAAGAGAAUCUUCUGUGCGCGUGUCAACAUAUUUGAACCAUCAGAAAUAAAAAUAGUAGAGUAAUAGUAAUAGUAAUAGUAUUGCUAUUUUUAAACUGCUUGUCGACCUAAAGGCGGAUUUGGAGCCAGUCACAAAAAUGAUCCAUGCCAUACCUUUGAUCGAAAAACUCCUUGCAACUCUGUAUUUUCCUGCAUCCAGAUCAUUACAGCUCACCAUCACAGUUAGAGCGUCUCCCAGAGUAGAAUUUCUAGUGUGCUGUCCCAAGUGUUGAAUGCUAUGUCAGGGUGGGUAAGUAUAUACAGUUCCCACACACUCGGGAUGCAGUAAAUGAUACAAAAUACGUUUUUAUGUAGUUGAUGGCUUCCCAAACAAUAGGUGCAACUCCGUAGCUUCAAACUUCAUUUUUUGGCUACCAUCACUCUUCUCUCACUAACUCUCCAUUGUGACAGCUGGUAGCGCACGCAAAAUCCUUGUUUAAAGAGAGCAGUCCACACCACUUUGCACCUGUUAUUAAUUGUACACACAAACAUAGUAGAUCACCUGCAACAAACCCACGAAUAGCACUUGCAAUUUUUUGUGUGCACACGCAAUUAAGUGUUUGUUAUUUGGAAUCUUAGUAGAUCAGGACCUUGGUUUCUGCUGCUUUUCCAAUGAUAGAAAGUUGAGUUUUAUUUUACACAGCUUUGAAGCCCCGAAAGUUAUGCCUUUACAGAAAACAUCAGAAGCUAGUUAUUAGCCUCUCUCUGGAUCCCUGCUACAUGCCAGAUACCGUUCCAUCAUCUGCUGCUGUAAUGAUGUUUCUAGAUUGUGUAUCUGAGCUUCAUGAAGGUCUUUCUAGAUGAGCAGCAGAGAGCACUAACAGCUAUGAUGAUGUUCGAAAACAUCCAAAGUUCCUUGUUUUCUGGAGCCUUUGUCUUGGAGGAGAGGAAACAGCUGAGACUUUCUUUAAAGACCAAAAGCAGACUGAUAGAAACUUUAGAGACAGACUGGACAAACAGAGAUCACAGAGGAGGAGAAGGAGUGGGGACUUUCUUGGCCUAGGUAGGCUUGCAGGCUUGACAGAGCUUUGACAGUACAACCUGAUGUCAGCUUGUGGCCAUGUCUUCAAAUAAGCAGUUGAAGGUACCUGAGAAACAUGUCCAGGGAUAAUGCUGCCUUCCAUGAAUCUUGGUGAUGCACCUGGCUAAGGUUCAACAUGGACUUAAAAAGUUGUACCAUUAUGUGUAUGUAUUAAAUUGUGGAUCAGGAUGAUUGGUUCUCUUCAAAGCUCAGUGUGGUUUUACUGUUUGGGUUGGCCAAAAAUUUCUCUGAAGAUUUUGUUCCAGACAUUUUUUGGGGCUGCAGUUUUUAGGUCUUAAGUACCUUGGCAGACUGCUUCUCCCUGCUGUAAGUCUUUGUGUGACGUCAGGUUAGAGCUGCUUUGGCACCUGAUGUGACAGUGAUCUACCUGCCUCCUCAUCUAAACAACUCUGACCUAAUCCAAAGACUGAGCCUCACACUGAUUCACCUCUCUGUCUCCCUCUUUUCCCUCAGUGAUGAUGACAUCAUUUUUGAAGACUUUGCCCGCCAGCGGCUGAUUGGGGCAAAAGAUGACAAGGAUGAAGACGAGGAACCAGUAGACUCGCCCAAACUGGAUGACAGAUAAAGGCGCGGAGCGUCACCACCACACCACUGCUGUUGUUAUUUAGCCACUGUUUGUAGUGUGGAGCUAACAGAGGUCACCUUUAGGUCAAACCACAGUCUGGACACCCUUUACGACAGGCGGUGCCUCUUUGUGUUCUCGUUCAUGUUAGUCUUCUCUCUGUGUCCUGCCAGGUGUUAAAGCUAGGGUACCAUAGCCCGGACCUCAGUGGUGUUUUCAGACGGAGCAGCUUUCUCUGCACCGGAGACUUAGACCCGUGAACUCUGAGCUGUAGCAGCAGCUAUUAGCAUGCCUAUAAUGUCACUUUGUUCACCGUGUUUCAAUUAGGGACCUGUCAGGUUCAGUUGAGAGAUUUUCAAUAGGUCCUAUCAGACAUAAGACAACACUGCCAACUUUGGUUGAUCUGGACCAGUCCAGCAUCUGAGCCUCAAUAUGAAUGCCUGCUGACUACCCCCUGUGUUAAGCAGGAUGCAGAGCAUGAAGAAACACUGAGUCACCUGCAGGACUCUCUAACAGGAGCUGGACCUAUCAGAGUCACCAAUCAGCUAAGAGGGUCCUGUGUGCAUGAGAUACUUUUUGUUAAUAUCAGAAAUAAUCAGACUUUAUGAUGAAGAGCCUGACAGUGACAAAGUUUACAAGUUUUAGUUUUUACAUGUUGAUUAUUUCAAAUCAGCAUCAUCUCGUCUGAUUUUCCUCUGUCCACUCAGCUGCUACUUUCACUUUUUUAUUGUACAAACAGGCCUGCAGCCAUCCACCAUGCAGGUCCAAACUCCAAAAAUCAGAUUGUAGCACUGACCAUUUCAAAUACAUUUUGAUUCUAGAGAAAGAUGCUUUAUUUAUACAUUUUAAACAGAGUGACUAAUAAUGAGGAAUUAUUUGGAAAUAAGAACUUUAAAAAUGAUUUAAAAUGGCUCAAAUUGGUCAAAUUUGAUACCAUUAAAAUUUUGAAUUACGAAAUGAUUCUCAAAUAUCAUAAAGCCAACAAAAGCACAUCACCUACUAAGUGUGGGGAUACAUUUCUUGAGACCCCAAACUGGACUCCAGACUAAACCUGGCUGCAUCUUGACAUGUCAAUAAAAAAAACAAAAACAGGAUGGUUGGGCUGUAAAGUCCUUCAAGUCAACAAAACACAGGAAAACUUGAUAAAGGAAGCCUAAAGCCCCUCAAGCAAAGCUAGAUUGAAGUUCAAUACCAUUAGAGCUGGGAGGCUGUGUAAAAUGUGCAUGAAACCAGAAUUAUUAUAGUUUAAUCAAGUCCAUCUUCAAUUAAGAAUACUGCAGAAACAACACACCAAAAUUUGGAAACUGAAACAUGUUUUUGUUUCCUGGAAAAUAUCAGCUCAAUUUAAAUUUGAUCACAGCAACAAGUUUCUAAAGAGUUAUGACAGGAAUAUGUUUCCACUGCAUUUCAUUGGCUCCUCUUUACCAAUACUGCAAUGUUUUCAAUGGGGGACAAGUCAGGACUGCAGGCAGGCCAUUACGAGCAGGACUCUUCUCCUACAGAGCCAUGCUGUUGUAAUCCCUGUUGGCAGGAUGUGGUUUGUCAUUGUCUUUCUGAAAUAUAAAGUCUUCCCUGAAAAAGUUAUUAUCUGGAUGGCAGCACUUGUUGCUCCCAAACCUGUAGAUAUUGUUCAGCAUUAAUGGAGCCCUCACAGAUGUGGAAGAUACCCGUGACAUGGAUUCAUGUGAUCUCCAUACCAUCAGGGAUGCUGGAUUUGGACUGGGAGCUGAAAACAAGCCAGGUGGUCUCUCUACUCUUUAGAAAGGAGGAUGCAGUGUCCAUGAUUUCCAAAAAGGUCAGAUUAUGAUUGAUCAGGCCCCAGGACUGUUUUCCUCUUCUUCUCAGUCCAUCUUAAAUGGGCUCAGGUCCAGAUAAGUCCCUGGUGUUUCUGGAUCCUGUCUCUAUCUGGUUUCCUCCUUGCAUGGUUCAGUUUGAACCUCAUUUGCAGAUGCAGUGAUGAAUUGUGUUGGUUUUUGAAGUGACUUUGAGUCCAUGUAGUGAUUUCCACUCCAGAGGACAGUCUAGUCUUGGUUUUGGUCCUUGUCCUUUUUGUACAGAGACUCUAGAUUCUUUGAACCUUUGAAUGAUAUUAUGUUCAGUAGUUGAUCAAAUCCACUCAUUCUUUGACAUUUGACACUCAGGAACAUUACUCUCAAACCAUUGAACUGUUAGCUCACGCAGUCUCUUACAGAGUGGUGAACCUCUUUUUUUAGCAGUAACUUUUUCCCCAUGACAAAAGAAACUUGAUGUUGUCUGCAUCAAAUUUAAAGUGAGUGAAUUUUGUUUAUAAAAUACUUGAAUACUCAGUUCAAUCUUUUGAUAUGUUGUCUCUGCUAUUUUCUUUAUUUAAAAACCAGUUAAACAGGUCAAGAUUUUACAACAUAUACCAGUUUUUGGAAACAAGUUUGUAAGUUAGAGAUAUUUUCUCUCUGCCAGCUGAUUUUUGUUUAAUUCAAGUGAAAUCAACAGAUAUCUCAAAAAAAGGAAAUCAUUUAAGAAACUGAUAUCAAAGAUUACAGAAAGAAAAAAAACACAACACUGAGUUUUUUCUACAUUUGACAUAUCAGCCGACUUAAUCGCCAAACAUUUAUUUCAAGAAACAGAUUUUUAUUUAUAUAAAUUUAAUGUAAAACAGUGACUACAAAUGUGUCAGUGAUGUGGUAUUGGUUUGUGUUAAAGUGUGUGCGUGUGUGAGAGAGAGAGAGUGUGAGAUUAUUAAGAGGACUGGUCACUCUGUUCUGUAUAUAUAUAUAUUUACAAUACAGGCCAAAAGUUUGGACACACCUUCUCAUUCAAUGUCUUUUCUUAAUUUUUUUAUAUGACUAUUUACAUUUAUACAGACCCUUUCCAAAAAUAUAUAUCAUGGAAAAGUUUAUUUACUUAUUUCCAUAAUUUCAUUCAAAAAGUUAAACUUUCAUAGAUUGUAGAUUCAGGGCCCACAAUUUAAACAACUUGAAGUAUUUAUUUGUUAUUUUUACAUAAUUUGGGCUUCCAGUUCAUAAAACCCAUGAAAGCAGGAAUUAAGAAAAUUAGAAUACUGUGAAGAAACUAGCCCAAAUUUUGCAGGUCAUGAAUGUUUUAAACUGAGUGUCACACAUUAAUCAUCUACUAAACUCAAGGCACCUGCACAGGGUUCCCCAAGUGUCAUUAAAUUGCUUAAAUUUGGUUCGAUUGUCUCAGUUUGGGUUAAUAUGGGGAGGACUGCAGACUUGACAAGUGGCCAGAAGACAUCCCUCCAUAGGAUUGGUAAGCCACAAAAGUUCAUAGCUAAGGAAAGUCUAGUGGAAGGGCAAAAUGUGGCAGGUGAAGACGCAUCAGCAAAAGAGCUGACUGUGGGCUUCAGUGGAUUACCAAACAGAGACGAUUCAAGAAUCUUGCAGGGAUCCAGAAAGAGUGGAAUGAGGCGGGAGUCACAGCUUCAAAGAACACUAUAUUAAGGAUCUGUAUGGAGAUGCAGAUUUCAUCUUCCAGCAGGACCUGGCCCCUGCCCAUACCCAUACCGCCAGAAGCACCAAAACCUGGUUUGAUGCCCAUGCCAUCACAGUGCUUGACUGGCCAGCCAAUCUAUUGGGUAUUAUCAAGAGGAAAGUGAGGGACACCAAACCUGAAAACAAAGAAGAGCUGACAGCAAGCAUCAUGGAAAUCUGGGCUUCCAUAACUUCCAGGCAAUGCCACAGGCUGAUUGCCUCAAUGCCACAGCGAAUCAUGGCAGGGCAUUAGGGCAAAGGGAUUCCCAACCAAGUAUUGAAGAUUGACAUAUCAUUUUGAAAGUACCAUAUUUUGAUUAAUUUGAUGUGAUCUUAAUUUCUUUAUUUUCUAUUUUUCUGCAAAAACUGAGACGUAAAUGGUGAUUUCCUCACAGUAUUCAAAUUUUUUGAAUUCCUGUUUUUGUGGGUUUUAUGAGCUGGAAGCUCAAAUUAUGUACAAAUAAACAAAGAAAUACUUGAAAUUGUUCCAAUUGUGGGCCCUGUAUCUAUAAUCUAUGAAAGUUUAAGUUUUUGAAUGGAAUUAUGGAAAUAAAUAAACUUUUCCAUGGUAUUCUAUUUUUUUAGAAAGGGUCUGUAUAUGUUAUAGGCAAAUUGACCCUUUAGUCUGUAAAGCAAUGAUGUUAAAGGAAGAUGAUCAAACACACAAAUAUUCGGAUGUCUUCUCACAACUUGGAACUGGCUUUGAUUUGAAAGGGUCAGGAAGAAACCAAUGUAUUUCAUGGCAUCUUAAAUAAAGGGACAUUUGUAGCAACCUUUGCGUAUUUUGGCAUUGAGGUGUUGUGCAGGCACAUGGAACUGUGUUUAAAUCAUCCUCUGGGGAGCAGGAAUACUCACUGAUUCCUCUCUUACCAGAGGGUGGUUAAAGGUCAAAUAAAGUAAAAGAGGAUGAUCCCUGUAUGUUA